CCAGAAACUUAAACGCUAAAAAAAGACAAUGCAAAACAUUAAAUUAACAAAACAAAACAAAAACAAUACAAUAAAUCAAAGAGUUUCAUUAUCCCAUCUUUCACUCACUUAUUUCUACGACCUCCUCACACCUCCCUUUUUGUAUUCCACUUCUGAUAAUUAUUUCAGCAAUUCCUUUCCAUCUUCCUCUGCUUUCUAUCCUUUAAUUAUCUUAACAAAUUCUAACCUUAUAGUUAUAUGGCUUUAGUAGAAAUGUUAUAAGGAAUUAAGUACAGAUAGGUUAGUAGAGCACCGGAGGUCCGUUCUUAACCUGAAACUGUUCUUAACCUGAGGUACCACUUUAGCUAAUGGGGCCUCCCGCUGCCGGCGCACAAUUUCUGUUCUCAUCCUGAGGUAAAGUUCUUAACCCAAGGUACUACUUCCAGGUUAGCAGAUUUUGUAUCCCAAAGUGUUUGUAACCUGAGGUGUUUGUUACCCGUGUUACCACUGUAUUUUGUUAGUACAGUCAUACCUCUGGUUGCGUUCGCUUCAUGUUGAGGAGUUUCAGGUUGCGAACAUGGCAAACCCGGAAGUAUAUACUUCCGGGUUUCACCCCAUGCACAGAAGCAAUCUGCGCACUUCAUGCAUGCGCAGGAGCGAUCUGUGCACUUUGCACAUGCACAGAAGCACUCUAUCGCACUUCUCGCACGGGCAGUAACGGCACUAUACUUAUGGACUAUGGAGCGCAUUCAUAAUUAGAGGUACCACCGUAUAUUGUUUGCUUUUAUAUUAAGCUAUACCUAAAAUAAAUAUACUUUUAUUGUAUUUUAAUGUUAUUGCUUGAGCUGGGAUUGUGCAAACAACGAAGAGUGUUUAUUAAUAAUUAAAAUGAAUAAAUAAGGUCCACCCCACCUUUCUUCCAUGUAACUCAAGUUGGUAUCUCCAAUCUAGGCGUUGACUAAGGUUCAUCAAGGUUGCUGUGGUAUUUGCCUUCCAACCAUACCCUGGGACCAUUUGCACAGCAGCCAUGGUUGGCAGACUAAUUAACUGUGACAUUAGAUGACUAAGAACACUGUUUGAAUGCACCUGUCUAUGCAACAUAUUAAAAGGACAUUAUUACACAGUUUCGAUUGUGUAAUCAUCCCUUUCUGGAGGUUCUCCAGAGCCUGAGCAUUUUUCAAAUGGCAUGAUAGGAUUGUAUUUUAGUCUCUAGUGGCUUUUAGCAGUGCCCUUGGAGGCUUUGGCUUAGCAUAUUGUUAAGUUUACUGAAAUUUCUGUUUUAUACAUUUCAAACCCUUUCAACAGGAAACUAGCUACCUGUUAUUUUCCAUUAAGGCCAAACAUUUCAUUGUUCUGUAUGGGACAAUGACAAUAAAGAUAUUGUAUAUCGUAUAUCUAGCUCACCUAUGUAUAUCAGUUUGAUAUUUGGUCUGUAAAUAUAUUCAGAUAUAUUUGUUUCAAUCUACAGAUGGGCCCCAAUCACUCCUUCUCUGUAUUGGAAAAGUCAUUUCUGCCCUUUCAUUCUUUUUGUGUAGUUGAUUAUACCUUUUUUCUUGUUCUUUCCCCCAUCUACUUUGCAUUCAAUCACACAUUAUUUAUAUCCCAUCUUUCUUGCUUCAUGGAACCCAACAUAUUGCACGUGUGGUUCACAGUUGACUGCCCAUCGAGACACUGAUUAGACUCAGACCUGCCUGAAAGGUGUUGGCGUUAAGAUAUCCUCAGAUCAUACCCUGGGACAUCUAAUUUUAAGCAAAAUGUGUAUGUGAGGAGGUUAACUCUGCAGAUGGACUCUUACAUCAUGCAGAAUUUCAAAUCAAGACUAUUUUGAAUAAUGAUAUAGCUAAUUAUUGUAAUAGUUGUUAUCUGACAUUACUUAAUUAUGAGGUGACAUGAACCACAUCUCUCCCACAUCUUUUGUUCGUAGAGAAUGUAGUUGAAGCUUAUGGCCAAUGCAAACAUUAGGCCCCAUUCCUUAAAUAGUACUUCUGGCCUGUGGAUUGUGGUGAGAAUUUGGGACAAGUCCAUGCACAUAUAUGACAGAAGUAAUGUCAUCCCCAUAUGACACACAAGUAGUGAACCAGUUAAGUACAGAAAUUUCACAAGCACAUACUAAAAUAGUUGGUCCUAACCAGAGACCUGUCCACACUUCCCUUUCUUUGCGUGACUUGCCAAAAUGUGACUCAUGUUUCCAAUUAUCUGCAGACAAAGACUGUGAUAUAAAAAGGCUGGUCACCUGAAAGUAAACCCCACUGAAAAUAUGAUUAGGGUUGGGCUGAAAGUAAUGUGUGAAACAGGACCUAUGCCCUUUGUAAGUUACAUUUAUUUAAAAGUUGAUACUGCUUUGCUUUAAACAAUUGUCCUUAAAAGGAUCCUUUGCCGAGUUUAGUGGUGAAAUGUUGUCUGGAUAUUCUCUGGAUGUAUUACUAUUUGGCAACUGUUCUUCAUCACCAUGAUUUUAUAGUACAAUUCACUAUUUGACAGGUGACAUGCACAAGGUGAUGGGGGUAGGGAGGGGGAGGAAUCUGAUUUGCAGAAGUGAGAGAGAUAUUUGGUGGCUAACCUACAGCAGUAGUAAGUAUUUAACAUGAUCUACCAGCUGACAAGCAUAAGUAGCCAGUAUCUGAGAGGUGGUCCAUGGCAGCCACAAACAUUUGACAGUAUCUGACAGGUGAUAUGCAGUAGCAGUCAAUUUUUGACAAUAUGUCACAGGCAGUUUGCAAAACAAUUUACUGCAAUAUUGCAUUCACUCAUUUAUUCAUUGUAACAGUAGAACUUCAAAUUUUGGUGUAAAAUUCGAUCCCUUAAAUUCAAAGUUUAAAAUCCAAAUUUCAAAAUCUGACGGAUUUGUUUUAAAAUGGAAAGUUCUGCUUUCUUAAUUUAAGUGAAUCUGAAGUAUGACAGGUAUAACUCAGUUAAAGAAAUAGGUAAACCAAUUCCACAAGGGUUUUUGAAAAAAGUAAAAUAAGAUGCUGCUCAUUUAAUUCUUCUCACUUCUUGGGAUUAGUGGGAAAUGGUGUCUUAUGUCACACAGUGGAAAUGGACAGAAUAACAGAGAGGACAUACAUCCCUUCAGUUUAAUGGGGCGUACUACCAAGUGGUGGGUAUAGGAUUGCAACUUUAGCUUAUGCCUCUUGAAACAGGUGAAUUGUGAGAAACUACUAAUUGCCAUUCUAAGUCUGCAUAGCCACAAUGUGAGAAGUAGGCAAGUUUCAGUCAAGCAAAUUAUGCCUUUAGGAACUGACUGCUUUGUAGGUUAGCCCAAAAUACCUCUUCCUAUUUAUUGACUAGCAAGCUUCAGAGACAUCCAUGGCAAUCCUAAAGACUAGUGUUGCCUUUUCUUUUGUCUUGCUAGCUUGCUUAUACAUUUUGAAUACUGUUGCUAAAAUCAUUAGGAACACAUUGAUAGUAACUGGUGUGUUGUUGUUUUUUACAGAGAGAGCAUAUUCCCACUAAAAGAGAUUUAUUUUGAUAUACUGGAAAUGCACGCUGUUUCUACAAUGCCAAACGUGUUUGGUACUGUCGUUGAAAGUUAUUAGCACAUUGGUGAUCACCACACACUUACAGCUUGAUCAGCUGUAAACUAUGGGGAAAGCCAUGCUCACUUUCCUAAUGGUUAGGGGCCCAAGAAGAGUGAGGACAGUCUAUAUUUCGGUUCAAGUUCAAAAACAAGAUUCUAAAAUACACCCCCCCAUCUCCUUAAUUUGCUUACAUUAAAAAGAAGAAAGCAAACAGCCCAGAAUGAAAAGGUUCAGUGAUAUAUGGCAUAUAAUGUAUGGGAUUGAUGGGAAACGUGAUAAAUCUGUGUCUGUAAUUUUCUACUCCAACGUCAAGGUAAUGAUUCUGAAGCUGCUGAGCCUGAUGGGGCUGUAGUAUAAACUUGCAGAACAAGUUGAGUUUCAGUGUUGGGAUAGAAGAAUAUCAAAACUACAGGUUAAACAGGGUGUUGCAAGAUUUAAUUAAUAUUUGUAAUUCAUUCCAAGUUCCUCAGCAGAAAUGGAAGCACCCAUUCUGCUCCAAUAUACCCUGUUAUUUCCAAAACAGCAUAAUCCUGCAUAAAGGUAAACAUUAACUAUUCAGGUUCAGCUGGGAUUGGGGAAGGAGACAUACUUUGCAGUACAUGAUAAACCUACUGGGUUGCAAGUUUUCUUCAAAAUAUAUUGCCUACUGUUUAGCACUCAUUGUUUGGAGCAUGAUCUUGGAUUAAAAAGUACACUAUUAUACCAUGCCAGUGCUUGUGAAAUAGAAAGCUAUGAAUAGUUCCGGAAGAUGGAAGUUUUACUGAGUCCUAUUAUUAGCACAUUCCAACACCAUGAAAUGCUGAGGAUGAAAAGCCUAUAAAUUGUUUUCUGGUGGCCCACAUAACACAGUUUGGGAACCCCUGAUCUAGGGCACCCUUUCCCAAUCUAGUACCUUACAAAUAUUAGACUACAACUCUCAUCAUCCCUAACCUUUGGUGAUGAAAGUUGCAGUCCAACUACAUCUGGAAGGCUUAUCUAGCACAUAUGAUAGUGAACAACUGAAGUUCCCAUAGCCACUCACAUAAACCACUCAUUAAUAAUCAGUAGUGAUGGGGUUUUUUUAAUUGUUUAUUUAAAAAGAAUGCAAUUUCUUUUCAAAUUUAUUUUCUUUUCAAAUUUAACAAGGUAUCAGCAGCAUUGAUUUUAGCUUAGUAAGGAUGCUAUCCAAUACAUACUUACCUGGGAAAAAGCGAACUUAGUGGGAUGAACUUCUGCAUAGACAAGCAUAGGAUUGAACUGUACAUUGUUUUUACCAUAUUUGCUUUACCUUCAUAUUUUAAUGUUUCCCCUCGUCAUUACGUAUAAAAAAUUGCAGAUCCGUCUACUACAUUAAGCCUUAGGAAAGAAUUAUAACUGCCCAUGGAGAAUUUGAUACUACAGUAUUCAGUCAAUUUAUUUGGCUUUUCUUUUGCAUGAGCUCCUAAUUUAAUUGAAUGUUCAAGUGAUUGGACUUUUCAAAGGACCAUAUGCACAAGCAAAUUAUGCUGGCUAGGUGGAAUAGCCACCCAUGGUUUGAGAACUGCAACCGCAAAACUGUUAGUCAUAUGUGACUAUGGUAGUCUUCCUCAUGAAGGUUGGGUUAAAAUGGAUAGGGAAUCUAAGGCUUAGAACCCAAUUACAGCCCUCCAGGCCUCUCACUAUGGCCUUAGGGCUCUCACAAGGCCAUUUCCCCGUUGACACCCCAAGCCCCUAACUGGCCAUGCUCCACGCCCUCCCUUCAAGUGUUGUGUCUAGCUUGAAUGUGUCCAAUGUUACAUCUGAACACCAACUCCCACCUGCGCCAUCUGGAAUGUGUUUUAAAAUCUUCUGCGGUAUAAAUAUUAUCAUGCCCUGGAAUAGAGAAUUCAGGUGCUGAAUCCUACUAGCCAUGUAGGCAAGAUAAACAAGAGUUGAGGUAUCGGCAUACUUGGGAAACCCUGAGAUAUGCAGAACCAAAAGAAUCUUUAGAAAAACAAACCUAAAGGAGAAUGCUCCCUUGAAUAGCCUAAAUAUGACUGAACAUGCUCAGUGACCAAAGAUUUUUAUGUUUGGAUUGGCUUCUUUGUCAACUACUGAUGUUCUUAUGCUGCGGUCAUUAGUGUUUAUUUUCUACCAAAAGGGGUUUUAUUGCAAUUACAAAAUUGUGAUUUUAUUUCCUUACUGCCAUAUUAGAUUGUUGUGUAUUUAUGUGGUGCUUGUUUCAAUGUUUCUGUAAGCUGCUUUGAAUAAUAUUCCACAAGAUAAUGUGGGAUAUAAAUUAUUGAAAUUAUCAAGUAACAAUGGUUACUUAAGUAGAUAAUUUCCAGGAACGUUUCAAUCAUGCCGUUCUGCAUUUUCCAUAGGCUCAAUUCACCCUCACUUUUGGGUCAUUAGCAGCAGCUUCUUCCUGCCUGUUGUGCAACCUCAGUCACUGCUACUAAUACAUAGCUCAGUGAGAGGCAAACACAUGCAACAGAUAAAUUAUGGGUUGAGCCAUUCAUAUCAGAGACAGGGACUCCUGUCCUUCCUGCCACCUUUCAUUUGGUGGAUGAAUACACUGGUGCACCAUUACAGCUACACUAAAAUCCUAGUUUCCCCUAUUAUUUUUUUAUGGGUAGUUCUCACUUGAGCGGCUGUGCUCACGUCCAUCUUGCAGGUUUCCCACAGGCAUCUUGUCGGCCACUGUGAGAACAGGAUGCUGGACUAGAUGGGCCACUGGUCUGAUCCAGUAUGCUUGUCUUUAUGUUCUUAAAGAGCUCACAUCUCCAGGCAAGACAAAUACACUCCCCCACCCCAUUCAAAUGUAAGUAAUGGGCCUUGACUUGCACAAAAUAAACAGCCCCUCCCCCCAUAAACUCAUCACUUAAAAAAUAAUAAUCUGUAUUUAAUAAUUAACAUUCAUCUGGGUAUCCAUGAAAUCCUAUACAUGUAUGCUCAGAUGCAGGCAGGACUGGGUUCAACUGAGUUUUUACUUCUAGGCAAAUGGGUACAUUAUUGCGGCCUUAAUUGGUCAUUUGUUUUUAUCCGUAAUGAACAGCUCAACUGCCCAUAAUUUACCUGCAUGGGGAAAGCGUACAUACAAUUGAAAGAGGGGAAAAUGUCAUCUUAAACACCGCACCCGUCCCCUGAAAACUGCCUUACACAGCACCACUGGGAAAAGGGUGCUGAAAGGACUGCCGCCUUAAUGGACCCAAGCAAAGGCUGCCAUCCUAUGCGCACGCUGCCUCAGAAGCACGACUUCACUCCGCGGGGCUUACUUCCGAGUAAACAGGGCACAAGGUUCGGGGCUGCACGACCCACUUAGGUAUGCAGCCCUGAGUUCCCCAGUAAAAUGAACUAAAUGAGUCUGGCGUUUAUUGUAUAAGCCUGGCAACCAGGCAACGUAGCCCCUGCUUUCUUGCCGGGCUUCGAGCAGCGCCUCACCUUCCUCAGCGCCUGCCAGAAAUGCCAAGACAUGGAACACGGCGGCCGAACCCCGCCCAGCUGAGGGGUGGAGUCGAAUCCAGGGGCGGGAGCAGAACCCGCCUACGUUCAAGGCUGAACCUUUCCCGCCCCUUACUCUUUUUAGCUCAGUGGCUAGCUCGGGCUGCCAAUCAAAUGGAGGCGAGCCCCCAUCCCCCCCGUAUCUCUCUUCCUCCUACUCCUCCCCACCACCACCACUAACCGUGGCGCGCGCGCACAUAAAACGGCAGCUGUUGGGGCCGGCCGAGCCGGGUAGAUGAGAGCGCGCGUGCGCGUGCGCGAGCAGGGUGUUGGUGGGAGGGAGGGAGUUAAAGAGAGAGAGGGAGGGAGGGAGAAAAAAAAAGCGAGGUGGAGAGGAAACAAAAACAAUCGCCCGGGCGCCGCCAUCUUGGGUCUGUUCUCGACACCACGCAAGUGAAUGGGUAGCUAUGAAAUUACCACAGGGGCGCAGCAAGGUAGGGAGGGCCACUCAGCGCUGCCAGCCGGAUCUGGGGGACGAUAAAGCCGGUCCUUUCGCCCUCCUCCGCUCGCCGUUCCCCUUCCGGCGUCGUCCUGAAGGAGAAGGAGAAGCUGCUCGACUCGGCCCUUCCUCCUCCUGCUGCCGCUCCUCAGCUCUUCAACUUCAUCACCGCGGGCGCAAAGUUGGGCUCGGCCGCCUUUCCGCCGCCGGGCCGGACGCCGGAGCAGCAGGUUCUUCUUCGCAGCCGGGGAGGAAGAGCUAGGAGAAAAGGGGGCGGCGGGGCUCGGGAGAGAGAGAGGGAGGCGUGGAGCCGCCGUCGUGGUGGUCGGCUUCGUCGUCCGCCGUGGUCGCCCCUCUCUCCUCUUCUUCUUCUUCUCCGCCCGUUGUGUGGGAGGCACAAGGGGGCGAGAGCGAGGAUUGACCAGGCUCCGUGACCUCCUCGCCCGCCUCCCUCGUUCUCUCUCGUCUGCUCGCUGCGGUUGUGAACGGAGGAAGGCAGGGAGGAGGAGGAGGAGGAGGAGGAAAAGAAGAGGAGGGUGCGUGAGUGUGUGAGAGAGAAACAAAACAAAAGCCGAGUCGUGCACGGAGGGUCCUGCCUCAACAGCGACCGAAGAGGACGACUCUGGGGGAAAUGGUGAUCCCGUGAAGAGUUGCAGGAAAGGGGAAAAGGAAAAAAGAGAGAGAAAGAACUAGACGCCUGCACAUACAUCCAGCUUGGAAGAGCAUCUACUGCAGAGCAAGGAGAGAGAAAGAAAAGAGAUCGUGCAUACCUUGCCCCACCAGCCCGUCCUCUCGAGAAGACCCAUUUGCCCACAUCGGAUCACCACGGUUAUAAAAAAGCAUCGCUUCACCUGCUUCAUCCAUGUUUGAGACCUCCUAUUGCACCGCCGCUUCGGGAAAGAUCGCUCCCAAGCCUCUUUCGAUCGUCGUUGUGUUUAAAGAUUUGGGUUUUUUAGAACAGUGAAGAAAGUAAUUUUUCUGCGCUUCUGUACUACCCUCCACUCACUCCACCCUCGAAAAUAGCUGGAAGCCGCAUUGCCCUCCCUCUUCCCUCCACCACUUUUGUGUGGUUUUUAAACCCCGAAUAUAAGGAUAUUUUAAGCAUUAACUGAGGGAGGGAGUCAUAUGGGCUGGGGGAGUUUCCUUAAGGCUUUUAUUUUUUUCCUUCGAAGGCAAAUCGAGUGUCAAAUUAUACCAUCUACUCCUCUUGAGCGGGCAUGGACAAAAGACUGAAUGUAAAAAGUGGAAAGUGGAAAUGAGAAUACACUAGGUAAAGAAAGAUCAGAGAGACAUUUGUGGUGCUGUGGAGGACAGAUAAGCUCUGGUUUCUGCCCUGUCCGUGUUACUUGGUCUCAGCAUUAUUAAUAGGAAACAUCAGUGUUUCACAAAUUCCUUUUUUUUAUUAAUGGAUUAAUUUACUAUUGCCCAUUCCGUUGAAAACAGGUUUGUGCUGACACUUGAAACUAAUGUGGAACUAUUUCUCACCCAGACACUACAUACUGUUAAAGAGGCGUGAAGAAGAAAGUAUUGUUUACUAAUAUCUGUGCGACUUGCCUGAUUCCAGUACUCCUGGGGGAUAUUUUACAGAUUUUAAAGUGAAGAAAACAAUGCUCCAAGGCAAUUUGCUUAGUAGUCGGUCAAUUGCUUUACUAUUGACCUUUUAAACUGGGUCCUUAAUAUGUUCUUAUGAAUUGAAUUUUGCCACUGUUUGUACAGAAGCCAAAUGACGUGUAUGUUCCCAAAUACAUACAUCCCUUUACUGGAGGAUCUACUAAGGAAGACCUAGAUACACUAGUAUUGAAAUCUGAUUUUACUCUUAUGGACACUACUUUCCAAAUAUGUUCUUACAGAAAAUUUUAAUAAAGUGAAAGAGGGAUUUUCAUAUUUGGAGGACCUGGAAAGCUGGAUAUAUAGAAUAACUUCAUAUCAUUUCUAACUAUUUGGAAAAUGGGAGCUGCUACAAAGUUGGUGUUUGCUGUUUUUCUUAUCUCUUGUUCUUCAGGUAAGUGUACAGUAUAUAGUUUUCUUCUCAACUUAGCUUUCAGUAUUCUAAUAUCCUUAACAUUACCUUGCAUUAUCAUUUGUUAAAUUAAAAUGUGGAUUAAAAAUUUUUUUGUACUUCUUUGUCAACAGCAGUGACACUACAGUGUGUGUGUUGUUUGGAAUACCACAACUGUGCUUUACUGCUACUGAUGUUUUACAGACUACCAGUGCGCAAGCUAAUAAUUUGUAGUGUUAGCCAUUCCUUCAUGUUUGUCAGCAUUAUAGUAACUUACCAGUAACUUGGUUUUAAUAUUCACAGCUUUCUCUUUUGAAAAUUUAUUAGUAGCUUCUUAAACAAAUAUGAAAAAUAUAGAAUUGGAAAGUUGUGUUGAAUGGUCUUAGAUGAGAGGUAUAAACUUUAAAAUACUUUUCACACAGCAGGUUUUAGGUUUUCUUAAUCCUUUAAUAUCCACGUAGUAAGUAGUGUGUGCUAAAGUAAAUGGUAAGCCUCAACUUCUGCAACAAAAUCUUUUCAUUAUAAUAAAUAAGUUUGAACAGGUUUUUGCUUAUAGGAACAAUGCAUUACUGGGUAGCAAGCAGUGGUUGAAAGAAUUGCUUCAUGCACAGCACUUUGACUAGUUAGUAAUGGAUUGGAUGGCUAUUCUUGGUUUUCCCUUACUAAAUGUGCAUGCUAUAGUUGUACUUUAGUUUCCUAGGUGCAUGCAUUCAGUGUUGAAAAGAGAAAUAGAUUUUAUAAUUGACAUAUUUGGUUAUGAUUUUACUUUGAUUUACAUUGUUAUCUAGCUCUUGCUCUCCAUCAGUUUUGUAAUGUGUGUGAGAUUUUGCUGAAUGGUACACUUUCUUGUGGUUAUUAAAUGGAUACAGUCUAGUCUUGUGUCUGUAAUGUUAUUGAUCUGUUCCGUGUGGGCUGACUGUGCUGUGAAAUGGCGAUCAGUGCUAGAGACUGAAGAGAUUGUGAAUUUUAUGUAAAGGCAAAAUAGCUAAAUGAAUAACACAGUUUGGCAUAAACUGUUACAUCAAAUGAAAAGUUACAAUACAUUUUAAAGAAGUGAUGCCCUUAUUGGGUAAACUGUGUUGUAAACAUUUCUGAAAUUCCAUAUGAAAAUGUUGCUUAGAAUAUUCCGUUUCUUAACAUUUUGCUUAUAGAUACAAUACUUCAGAUAGAAUCUGUUUACAUUUUCAUGCUCCAAUUUGCAUUUUAUCAGCUAUAAUAAAGGUCUGCUUUUUUCUCUUCUAUAAAUGGUUUAACAUCAUUCCAAGGGGGAAGCACAGGAUGCUCUUAGAUAACCUCACAUUUUGAACUGAUUCUGCUUACCUUUACCUGAAAGCAGGUUCUAGAUUCUUGGUUGCUUAGUGUUUCAGAUCUACCUAAGUCAGAGAAACAUUUGAUUCAAAAGGCCAUCCACUCAGUGCUCCCUAAGUGACUUUAGUUCAUAGAAUACUGUACAUAGCAGUUACCAUGCAGAAAAAUGCUUUUUUGGGAAGGCAUUUCUAAAAGAUGUAUGCAGGGUAUAAGCUAUCAGCAAUGUACCUAGCAGCUCACAUUAAUGCACUCAUUUUAAAGCAAGGCGUGCAACAGAUUUAACUUCUGUAACUGAAAUUAUGGAUGUGUCUUGCACUCUAGAAAAACAUUUAGACUGGCCAUUUAAAUAUGCUUACAACACAGUGGACUAUGUUUUUCAUGUUUGUUUUUCUAUGAAGGAUAGGCAUGAGCGAAUAUAAUUUACUGAAACACAAAGUUGGGGAAACUAUUGAAUAUUACUAAAAAGCCACUACAUCUGAAUGGAUGGCCUACUCUGCCUUUUUGCUAUCUUCAAACAUAUUGACUAGUGUUGCCCAAAACUCUGAAGAAAUAAGUUACUGACUUUUAAUAAAUAUAGUUAAUAUGGAAUGGUUUCUUCUUUUGCACCAAAUGAAAAGUUGCAUUUAAAAUGUAAUUAAAGCAGUGGUGGAAAGUUGUUUUCUUGAAACAUACUGUGGUUUACUACUGAGUAAAUGCAAUUUUGAGAAUGCAAAGGGGUGAGCUUACAACCUCAUCUUCUUAAGAAUACAGUAAUUACCCAAUGUAAAACCAGUGGCCUUCUCUUUUACAUUCUAUAGAAUGUUUAAUGCAGUUUACAUCUGUUUUAAAACAUAUCCACAGAGUUGAGAAAGUAGUAAAAGUAUAUAGGCAUCUCAUGCCUCCAUAGAAGAGACAUCUCUGGAAAAUUAAUGUUGAGAGAAUGACUUCAGCAAUCUUAGCCUCUUAGCUAGUAACAGUGUUAGUAAUGAUGUGGAAGAGUGCCUUAUCUUGUAGUUGAAGUGGUGUGAAUAUCUGUAAAUUCAUUCAGGAGUUAGGACUACAGUGUGUGCUUAUUGUAGAUUGCAUUUUUACAAGGCAUUUGUACUAGGUGCCUAGUCCAACUUUUGAAGGAGGCAAAACUUAAAAAUAGUUUUUAGGUUUGUUGUUGUUUAACAGAAGGUCACUUAUAAGAGCUUUAGCCUUCCUGUUUUGUAGGUUACCCAUCACCAGGACAUGUAACCAGUUUACACAUGUAAACUUCAACAAAGAAAGUGUCCUGGUAUACACACCAAGCUAAUUCUACUUAAGACUUGGUAUGAAUCUGUGGGCUCUCGUGAGAUUGUGAGCACUUAGCUUCUUCCUGGUUGUUCUGCUGCUGUUAUAAGCCAUGGUUUGGCUUAGUGUGCCUCCUGAGCCUGGUUUAGCUAGCUCACUGUUUAGCUUUCAUGGACAAAACCACAAGCUGUAAAUCGUAGUGCAAACCGUGGUUACAGUUCCUAGUUGGUUUGGAGAGACCUAACCACGAGUCCGGAUUAAGAUGACACUAAGCCAAAUCUUAGCUCAGCUCAGCUCAGCAGCAGAAACUGAAUGACCAGUGAUGCACAUAGUAUCUGUGAAUUCCUUUACAGAAGCUUGCGUGUUUUUAGUAAACCAUGGUUUGAUUUAGAGUGACAUGCAACCCCAGCCAGUGAUGAGGCAAGUUCUUGAGAAUACCUUUUGUCUAGAGAGGAUGCAAGAUGAAGUUAGGGAGAAAUUGCUUUCUUUCUUUUUUCUUUUUUUAAUGAUAUUUAUUGAAAAAAGAGUUUGUUUUUUUAAAAAAUUACACAAAGGAAAAAACAAGACAAAAAAAGAAAAAGAAAAUUUUUUUAAAAAACCAUCAUUCUCCAAUUCUCCACUUUCAAUACCUUCUUUCCUUGACCUCCUCCUCCUCCCUUUUCCUGUAUCCUGUUUUAUAAUAAUCACAGCAAAUCCUUUCCAUAAUUCAUAGUAUUCUGUCAUCACAUUACCUUGAUCUGUUUUCAUCUUAUCUUAUAGAAAACCUUAAAGUUUAAAACUUAAAUCUUAAUUUUUACUUCUCCUAAACCAUAACAUUCUUACCUAGUUCCCCAGACAUUUUUAUAAGAGCCAAAUAGUUUCAUUUCAACAUUUUCCUAACAUUCAUCAAUUUUAUAAAACAGUCCUAAUGAUAAGAAUAAAAGAAAAAAGCAAUCCAGUCUUCAUCCAACGUCCCUUCCUCCUGGUCCCGGGUUUUGUCAGUCCUUUAUCCUAUUAAUCUAGCACAUUAACCUGGCAAUCUUAUAUCCGAGGCCCUCAAGUCUCUUCCAUGUCCCUUUCGUACCUCUUCUUUAUAUAUAUAUAUAGUUCGUGGGAACUCCAGCUUGGUAGUGUUUUUGACCCUUUUCAGCAAGACGAUCCCUUUUCCAUAGUCCAGGAUAGGCUCGAUGUAGUAUUUACAAGCAUGCUCCAGAUUCCCUUCAAAGUUGAGAGCCCCACAGCUCCAAACAUCUGACGGCCCCUUUCCAGACUUGAAAAGUCCAAAUCUCCCUGUAAAGGGGGGUCUAUCCAACCCCCCAUUUCCAAACCAAACCAGAUUUUAUCUUUCCAAGUCUGAUUUUUUCCAAGUUCAUUUAUCAAAUCCAAGAGUUUAUAUUCCUGCUGGGCCGCAGCUCCCUCCGUCUCUGGCGCCCAAGAUUCAGCAAGGUCCUCUUCUUUCAGUUGUUCUGUCAUGGCACGCUCCUGUUUUGAUUCCUGGGUGGGCUCCAUAUAGUUUCCCACUACCUGUUCAAAGGUUCUGGCCGCAUUAGUCAUGAAAUCCGUCUUCUGACUUAACUGAUCCAAUAGGGCAUUUAUUUUACAGAAAGCACCCAACAGUGCUUCUGAAGACAUUGUCCUACAAGGUCACAAAUCCUUUCCCACAGUUGUAAUCAGUGACAGCUGCAAGUUCCCAGAAAUUAGUUACAAUUUCACAGUUCCCCACUAGGGGGAAAAACUUCUGGUUGUUCUUUUUCUUGAAAACAAUAGCAACAAAGUUUCUUUUUUAAGAUAUUUUGUCCAUAUUUGUUCUUUUAAAAGACGAAGGGAAACAAUGGAGUCACAAUGUUUCUCUUCUUUUAACUAUCUGUCAAAGACAUUUGUUUCUGGUCAAUGAGCUUCAAACGUCAAUUCUGACACCCCGCUCCAGGGUCAGGACGGUGGAAAAUUACUUUGCUUUAGAUUCACUUCUGCAGGUUUAAGCAGCUCAGAAAAGGUCCCCUUCUUCCCCUGCUACCGAAGGGGGGUUCAGCGAUUUUAAAUGAUGAAAGUUGAUCCUUUAAAAGUGAUUUUUAAGGCUCUAGUUUGCGUUGUCUUUGCUUUGUUCUGACUACGAGGAAACGGAAGGGUGACUUCCUGUUUAAACCUUCCCGUUUCAGUACCAAAUUAGGGUUAAUUUUUAAGUCCAAAUUCCUUUUUAUUUCGCCAGUUCUUAUUUGAAGUCCAAAUAUUCAAUGUUCCAGUACUCACGGUUGGUUGUUUUAAAUGCCAAAUUGUCCCAGGAAAAAGGCAGCGCUCUCCGGCAACGACUAUGCGGCUUCGCUCCGCAGAAAAGCAAUUGACUCACAGCACCGCGCGACUACCACCUCGUCACUUCGGAGCGCGGUUGUGGGUUCCUUUGUGGGUUGGGGGGGCGCUAAGGGUGCCCGCCGAGUCCCACGGUCAUAGGCUUCAUCCGCCUGUGAUUUCCAGAAGGGUCCCCGCUACGCCGCAGCGGAAAAGACCCGUUUCAUGCAGAGCUAGUCCCUCCAAUUCAGAGGGAGUCCGCCAUUGCCGGUGGCGCCACCCUGGAAGUCUCAGGGAGAAAUUGCUUUCUUCUACUGUAUUGCAUAGUCUUAACACACAGUGUAUAUGUAUUUUAAAGAAUAUGUUUUCCCCCCAUGUACAGUAUUACAGAAAAUUGAAUUUUAAAACACGUCAAGCUAAAGCCAAAGAAAAUGAGUCAAGAUAUUUAAUUAGAAUAUAGAAAUUAGAAUAUAGAAAAUGAAGCAACUUGCCUUUUCCAUACCUUAAAAAUAAUUAAGGUAUCAACAGUGAUAUAGCAUAAAUGUGGUUAUCAUUAAAUUGUUUCUAUAAGCAUACUCGUGUAACUGUCUAUUACUAGUAGAUUAUCAUAAAAAAUUACAGCUAUUUAGUUCAAGCACUGGCUAAUGUGCAUCUAAUAAAAACUGAACUGUUAUGUAUAUCAAGGAAGAGUAAAUAGUACAGUUUUGAUAAUACUCCACAAUCCCAGCCAAAUAUCACAAAACAUUCAGUAGUUCUCAAAUAUAAUAACCAAUUGUUGCCUAAUGCAGCACUUGUAUACUGAAAGUAUUUUUGUAAAUUGUUGUUUUUAUAAUAGUGCUCAAAGUACACAGGUUUCAUAGUUGCUGCUGAACUGUCAAACCUUGAGUGUUCAUAACUGGUGUAACUUUUGCUCUUUUGUGUCUGUCAACAAACAUUGAAGUUUUGGUUUUUUUAUGAGGUUACUGCAUGGCUAUACUGCAGCUGUAAGGGAAACCACCAUGAUAUGAGAUUUGUUUUAACAGCUUUGGGAUUCAGAUUUCAGCUUGUUUAAAUUGCUUGAGUAACUGAAACGAUUGUCCUUGUUCAUUAUGCUUGCUAAACAAUUCUAACUAAAAAUGUAACCUUAGCUUUGCAAAUUUCCAUAGAAACAUUUGGGGUUUUCUAGCAUACAAAUUCAUAAAUCUGUAUCUGUUUACAGAUUUGUCGAUCAGCAAGAUGUGCCCCUUUUCUUGGUUGUUCUAAAAUGCUUUACAUGGGUAUUUUACUGAGGUAAAAAUAUUAUGAAAAUCUUUUCCUAAGGUACUAGAAAUAGGGGCUAUGUGGCAGGUGUCUAGUAGUCCACAUUUCUAUGUUAUACUUUCAGUUGUCAUGGUUUCUGGGAAAACUGCAAAUUAAGCUUUGGUAUAAAGAAUUACCCUAGGAAGGAAUCGGUAGUUCUCCAAGGAAGCUCAAGAUCUUCACAGAUCCCUCACUGUUUACUGGUACCAUCAAAGACAUAAAAUAUGUUAGUCCUGGGUGGAAUAUAUAGGAAGCUACAUGUUCUAUCUCAUGUGCUGAUUGCCAUUCCCAAUAGUUUACUGGGGCUCUUCAUAAAUUUGACAAGUUUGCCUCCGUAAGGUCCACCUCCCAGGGAAUUGCUAGGCAUUGCAGCAUUAUUUGGUUGUAAACGUCAAACAGUUCCUAUUCUUGGUGUAGAGUGCAAGCCAAACCACUGACCCACUGUUAAAGUGAGCUUGGAUACAACAGAGAGUUUGGGUGCAACUUUAGCAGACUUCACUGGCAGGGAGCUCCUGCCACCAUUGAAGUCCCCAUUGUGAUGUCCAUGCCACUUGCAGCCAACACACCUUCCCCCCUCAAGUUGGGUGUUUCUGGGGGUAAGAGGGGAUAGAGCUGAACCAGCCAGGGACCUGCUGGAUCCUAUGCUUGUCUUCCUACUGGUGGUGGACCCUAUCUAGGCCUCUUUGUUGUACCAAACUGGAGCUGGCUCAAAAUGAGCAGCAUUAGUCACUUCCUCACCGUCCACCUGGCUGCUGGUAUGAGCUACAGAGUUGGGCUGCUUUGAUGGCAGUGUUGCUCCAUUCAGUGCCACUGUUACUGGCUGGGGGUUAGGAUUGCUCUUUUAAGCUGAUAUUUUAUGGGCACUUACCAGUAGCUGACCGUAAGCCACAUUGAAUACUGUGGGGUUAUUUCUGAGUAAGUGUGUGUAGAAUUGCACUGUUUUAGUGAAGUUUACUAUGACAAAAAUUUACAAUACCUUUUUUGUGGUACUGUAACUUAGUGACUCCAAAAUAGCAAGACAGAUAUAAAAAAAGCCAAACUUGCUGUGCUUUCAACUAUGAUUUGAACCAAUCUAAUUUUUGAAGGUGUUGAGCAGUUGGGUUGAAUAGCAUAAUACUUGCAUAGAAUAAACACUAAUUUCUCAAACUUACUAAAUGAAAAUUAAAAAUUCUCUUACCGUUUUCUUUUUAACACUGAGCAAUUACAGUUAUAAUUAUCAACCUUAAAUAUAAAUUUUAGGAGGUUAAUUUAUACUGACUUUAUAGAUCAGCCUUCCCCAACCUUCUGUCAUUCAGAUGUAUCAGACUCCAGCUUGUGCAUCAGCCUCAGCCAGCUUGGCCAAAAUGUACAGAGAUGAUGGGAGCUGCAAUCAUAAACAUCCAGAGGCUCCAAGGUUGGGGGAGGCUGUUCUAAAUUAUCAUAACUGUAUAAAUUAAUGAAAGUGCUUUAGCUUAUGCUAUUUCAUUUGUGGCUUUAUGAGACAUAUAUAAUGGCAAAAAGUACAGUAUGCCUGUAUUACUGUUUCAGAAGUACAAGGUUGAAUUUUAACUUUGACCAUGCUGCAGUAGAAACUUCAGCCACUAUUAAUUCCUCUUUAUAUUUCUCAUUCAGAACAAUUAAAGUUUUCUUCUGCAGUCACGUUUUGGAGUUAUUUAAACACUUCAGGAAUAUCUAUAUAUCUCACAUAGGCCGUGCACAGUCAUACCUCAUUUUAAGUCUGCCCCAUUUAGGGUCCAUUUCAUCAAACGUCCACAGCAAACCCGGAAGUACCAGAACGGGUUACUUCCGGGUUUGCUGCACGCGCAGAAGCGCUAAAUCGCACUUCGUGCAUGCUCAGAACAGCACUUUGUUGAGUGUCUCUUUCGUCCAGCAUCCAGGGCUCCAGAACGGAUCCCAGAUGCAAAAGGAGGUACGACUGUACUUAGAAAUGAGAAAUUCACUUGUCUUUUGUUUUAGCACCCGUCGGAGAAAGCUAUCAUAGCCACUAGUGCUUCUGAGAACCAGAGUAUUCAGGCACGAGCCUGCAGUUUGCAGUAAAUUUUGUUGACAUUGCACAACUUUUGGAACACUGCUUGGUAAUGUUUUGGUAUUUAGCCCUACAUCUUAGUGUUUCAUUGCAUUUGUAUACCACCCAUCCUACUAAGUUGUCUAGGAAGUUUACAUAAAAAAUAGAAAACAAUUAACAAUAGAAAUCUAAAAUAGCUAAAGCAAUUUUAAAGCAGAGGGUAUUAAAGAAAUCUUGUUUUUAAUCACUGUUAAAUAUCUAUUGAAACUCUUCCAAAUAGAUAGGGAGGGGGGUCAUCUUCAGCUUGAUUCCAAGGCUGGAAUCAAGAAAUAUUGGCGUAUUAUGACCACUCCUAAAACACUUUGCAGAUAAAUUGCUUGCAUCUGUUUUGACAUGGGUUCUACUCAUACAGAGAUUGUGCUUACUGUAUCUUUUAUUCCUUCUUACAAGUCUUUUUUUAAAUUUUUAAAAAAAGAUAGAUUCUUACCAGUUUAUGUAGCCUAAGGUUAUGGAAAGGAUCUUGGAGAAGUGUGACUUACUACUUGUACGUUAAACUUUCCCUUCCUGGCUCACUAGAUCAAUUAGAGUAGCUUUGUCUGACGGUGUGAGAGGGAUUAUUAUUGCAUUGCUGAAUGAAGUUAGGAUCCCAACUGCACAACCAACAUGCUUUGAGUUGCUUUGUAAAUAAGCGAUUACCAGACUUGGAAGAUUUUUGCCAAGUUCCCUAAGUUCCCUACUUGAGGAAGCUGCUUAAGUAUGUUACGGUGUCCUAGCUCUAGGUCUUCCUGGAUGAUAGUAAUAAUAAAAAACCCUUUAAGGUGUUAUGAUUAUGCUACUGCAACUGGGUGUCCAGAAUGCAGCAAUAACCUUUUUAUCAAUUUUGGCUGCCUCACUAGUAGUUACCUUUCUGGAUUCAUGCCUUGAUAACAUCCAUAUAAGAAAACUGUAAGAUACUGUUUAUGGGGCUGCUGUGAUAAUUUGCAUAUUCCUUUGGUAUUAUACUAUUUGCAUUGAUUACCACUUUGUUUCUGGCCAAAUUAAUAGUGCUGACCUUUUUAAGGCCCUAAACAGACUGGGAAGCAAAUUGUAUUGAGGACAGAGUCCACUCACAUCACGUAUCUCAAUGCUUAGGUCAAAACUAGAAAUCCCUUUUUUGUGUGUGACCCAGUAUACAAUGUGGAGGCACACGGUUUAGGUGUUUCUUGAUCAUGAAACUGCAUUUGUUGACAGGCCCAAAGGGGUCCACCUGGCACCAUUUGGACUUCUGCCAAGUAUUAGAAAUGCGGCUCAUUUUAGGAUAUUUGAGAGAAUACCUUUUACAUUUAGUUCGAAUUCUGCUUGUCUCAGUGUCUCACUUUUGUGUUGAUCAUUCUGUUUAACUUGUUUGUUUACUGUGUUAGCAAACCUUAGUUUCUUUUCUAAAGAUAAGUUUGGGAUAUACAAGUAUUGUUAGCCUCUUAUUGUGCUUUUAGUAAAGUUUUGUGGGGAGGGAACCCUAAGCUGUACAGGGUGGGUAAAACAAUUUUUUUUAAGAAGUGGCCCUUUGAUUUUUUUAUUUAAAAUGUUUUAAAAUUAAUUUCCCCUUAAAAAUGAAACUUUUUUUGGAUCAUGUAUGAAUGCAGUCUGUCUUGUCAAAUGUUUAACUGUCUAUUAAAUACAAGUUAAAGGCUGCUUUUUCUGCCUAAAUAUUUAUUUACUUGCAUCAUUUAUUUCAAGAAACAAAUAUUUCCAGUGCAGCUUGCAAGUAAUACUAAAAUACAUUUUUUUUUAAACUGCAGUCGGCAGUACCAGUGUAAAUAAGUCAACAAAAGCUUGCAUUCUUUUACCAAGCCUACUUGGAAUUGGGAGAAGAGUGGUUUUGUGCUUGGCAUGGAAGAGAGGAAUUACUUCCUAUACCUAUGUACUUACUUUCCAUGCUGGACAUGGAGGAGGGAGUGAGCUCUCCAUUUGCCCUUUGCCAGCCUGCUCACUAGUCUGCAUGGAAGUCCAUGCGCCUGCCUUAAUGCAAUUCCUAGAUGUCUAUGGUUGCCAGGCUAAUGCUUAAAUAAAAGGCUCAUCAUGUUAAUAUACUUUAAAGCUCAUUGGGAUCUCUUCCCACAGGGAAGGUGGUAGAUGGCUGUGGGAGGAAGAAGAGCCCAGCUAGAGUGGAUUGGUAUUGAGUAAGGAAAAGGAAAAGUAAGGAAAAGUUCCGCAGGAGCAGGCUCUGCAGCCAUCUUCACCUCUUUCUUUGCAUUUCUCAGUGCCCGCAAGAGCUGUCUCUUUUUGAUCAACUAUUAUAAAUAACCAUGGAUUCCAUUCAUCCCCUCUUUGAAGUGGAAGGUGACCAGUUGCAUUCUGGUGAAAGUCAUGAGCAGAAUGUUAUUCUCCUUUCCUGCUUGGAGUUGGGAGAGGGCGGUGGGUAGCUUAAUGAAAACAUUGACACAGUGGUCUGGCUCACAUAUCACAAUAAACCAUAGCUUCUGCUUAAAAAUCUGUGCUUUGUUUCCCAGCUGCUGCACUGGGGAGGAAACAAACCAGAGCCUGCCUUGCUGCAUGUGAACCUAGGCUUGUGGUUUGUUUCUGCCAAACAAACAAUCAGCAGUAAGCCAAGAAGAAAUGUUGUCUACUCCUCGUGGUUUGAAGAAAAACAACCAGGGAUAGAAUUCAACUAACCUGUUGUACUUCAGUGAUUACCUCUGGCACAAUGGGACUCUCCACUCCAUCAUGUAUGUCCUGCACUAUACCCAAAUCUGCUCUGUAUGGUUGGGAGAACCCCAUAGUAGGUUUAGGAGGCAUGUAGGGAGAGGAGAGCAGAAGAAGAUUCUAACAGAAUCUUCGCCUUAGUACAGCAGGAGUGGCAGAGGAGCUGAGUGCAGGCUUUUGAGCAGUGCACCAACAUGCUAACUCAUACAUAUUAAAUCAUUAAAAAAACUACGGUCUGAACCACACCAAAGUAACAAGGCAAAUUCAGCUAGAAGCAGUGCAUUCAGUGUGGUGGCACCAGGUUUAUGGAACUCCUUGCCCAGAGAGAUUAGGCAGGUAUCAUCUGUGUUUUUGGCUCCAGGUGUGUUUUAGGCAGCAGUUUUAAACUUGUUCUAGCAAGCAUUUUCCUGAAUGUGACCCAUAUUGUAUGCUUUGUGAACUUACCUGGCUUACACGGUAUUUUGUUUUCAUAGUGCUUUGUUUUAUGUAGAUAGUUUUAUAUGAUCACAAAGUAUAAACAUAUAAUGAAUGAAAAAAAUAAGCUUGUGACCUGCAGGAAAGGGUUUGAAAAUAAAAACCACUAAUAUCUUAAUGACGUUAUACCGGGUUGUCCUUUGAUUUCAGUGGGAUGCUAAUUGCAAAUAAUCUAUUAGGCAAACUUGGCAGUUUCAAAGUUAAAAUAAACUUGAUUACCACUUGCAAGUAUGUGAGGGAAUCCAUAUGUCACUGAUUUGUAUUUGUAACUGGGGUCAGGAGUAAUAAAACAGUGCAUACAAAACUUUUAGAUCAGUUUAUCAGGAAUGAUUAUCAUGCAGGUUUUUAAUGGAUUUACAAAUUGUAUUGUUUGUUUUACGCCUUGAACAUAUUUAGAGAAACAACACCUAUAACUAACUAACUAACUAACUAAUCAAGCAAGCAAGCCAGUAAUCAAGUAAAACAAUUGAAUUAAUCCCUUUGCUGUGCCUGUCAAAUCAAUACAAAAGGUAACAUUCUUAUUUAUUGAGUGUGAGGCUGCAAGCUAAAGCGAAACUUAUUAAUUUUUAUUUUACUUGCUGCAAACACAGACUUCAGGGUGGUGUCUUGUUUCAUUUCUGGAGCUGGGGAAUUUGGAAGUGUUUGUUUAAAAUCUGUUUUGGUAGUGCAUUUGAUUACUCUGAAUCAUAAUAUUGCCUAAACAGAAAAAAGGCACUAGCAUUUGGCAUAAUUUCUAAUGAAACCACUAAAGGGAAGAGGUAGAUGUAAAUAUUGCAGGCAGGAGUAUGCUAACAAUGCAGCACAAAUGAGGAAACAUUUAAGAACAUGUAGAAACUGUCCCAACAGGGGUAUUUUUUUAGCCUUGUUUGCUAGUAAGAAAUGUGUUAAAUCAUAAUGCAAACCAUCCAGAAAACCCAUCUUGCUACAUAGCUCAUAGUGAUACUGUGGAAUUCCCUACUGCAAGAAGUUUGAUGACCACAAACUUAAGACAGUGGAAUUAGACAAAUACAUGGAGGAUAAGCUUCUCAGUGGUAACUUGUGAUGAUGAUUAUACUACUUCUAGGGCUGGAGCCGGCAUACCUUUGUAUACCAGCUGCUGGGGAACAGCUAGAGAGUGCUAGCAUGCUGAUGUCCUGCUUAUAGGCUUCUCAUAGCCAUGCAUUUGAAAUUGGCUAGUCCUGAACUAGGUAGACCAUUAUUCUAAUUCAGCAGGGCUCCUUUCUGUUCUUAUCCACCCUUUAUGCCACUGGGAAUUUCAUCCAUUGUGCGCACUAGGGAAAUCUCUCUCUCUCUCUCUCUCUCUCUCUCUCACACACACACACACACACACACACACACACUCCAUGGCUCCCUUGACCAACUACAUUAUUUCUGUGGCACCCCUGUGGGGCUCAGGAGCCCAGUUAUGUCACCCCUUGCCUGCAGAGCUGGCAGCCUCUCACCCUUUUUCAAACGCCCUCCCUUGUAGAAUGUUCCCUUGGCCUCCUCUCUUCUCUCCUUUCCCCUCUCCUUGGGAGCUCUCCGGGCUGUUGCUGCUGCUGUCCCUGGUCUCUGAGUCCCCACCCCAACCCCGAAGAGAGGUGCCUCUCAGAGGCACCAUUCACCUGCAGAGCUUAUAGCCAGGGCUUCUGCAAUAAACAGCUGUGCAAGCCUUUGAGAGGAAGAGACCCGAGAUGGCAUCAGAGGAGGGAGGGAAGGAAGGAAAGAGGGACAGAGGCCAUUGUUGCCCGCAGCACCCCUGAUCAUCAUUCAAGGCAUCCCAGGGUGCCACAGCACACAGGUUGAAAACCACUGCCUCUGUUGCAUGAUUGCCAGUAAGAUCGAUUUAGGUUCACAGACCUGAGAAUAAAAAAUGUUAUCGGUGGUGGCUUCACAAUUAUGGAACAUUCCCAAAUGAGAUACACUUGCUUCCUGUUGUGCAGACUUUACAAUGGGCUUUAAGAUACUAUCUCUUAUAGUCAGCGUUUGAAAAUAGUCUGAUGCCAGUUGCAUUUUGCGACUGGCAACAGACCUUUUGUGAGGCAGUGCAGAUGUCCAGGUGCCAUUGUUGGGUAUCUAACAUCUCCAUGUGGCUGCAAUGCAACUCCAGUCAGUUGGUCUGUGGGGCAGCAGGGCACCCAAAGGCACCUCUUUGCUGUUUUACUUCCCUGCAAAUCACCUGAUUGGCGGGGUAGCGCGGCACUAGAAGACACACAUCUUUUGGUGCUGUGGAAACAUCAGAGGCAAUGACUAUCAAGCCCUGGUGGCGGUUGAUGCUGGGGAUGCUGCAGAGGAGAGGAACCGUUUGGGACUGCUGCUUGGAGCCCCAUCAGCACUGCAAAUGCGGAGCUGUUCGUUUGGCUGCUCCAACUUUUAAAACAGUUACAACAGCUGCCGCGCUUUGGUGUCAGUGUCAUGGCUCCAAAGACCCCCUCGCCCCACAAGGCAGCAGCAGGAGUGCAUCUACUGUUAAUUGCACAGUUAAAAGGUGUAAUUAGUUAUCUAUAUGCUGUUUUCCACUGGUUUUGCCAGCAUUGUGUGUGCUGCACAAAUACUGUACGGAAGAAAAUAUAUAUUUCAGUCCAUAGCAAAUAAUGCACUUAGCUUUUUAAAUCAAGCUUCUAGUUUCGUGUGUGUGUGUGUGUGUGUGUGUGUGUGUAACGGAUUGUGAAACCAAGCAGGAGGGUUCUUAGUAGGAAUUGUAGUGAGUAAGGUUACUCCUUUUGUGUAACUUAUUGCUCCUGCCUGUGACUACCAAAGCAGCUUCAAAUUCAGUUUUUCUUGGCAAAGAUCGUGGAUCAUUAUGCCACAAAAGUGUAAACAUGGCCUUGGGUAUAUAAUUAUCAAGAAAAAUUUGCAUAGGCCACCUUUUGAGGCAUAGCUUGCUCAUGGUUGAUUACAUAGCAGGAAAAUACAAUACCAAAAAAAAAAAAAUCAGUAUUAACAAUCACUGUGAUACUGGUCUGCCUUAUCACAAGGAUUACUGAAAUGUGUGUGCUUUGAAGCCUCAAUGCCUCAAUGACAUUCUGUUUUGGCACCCACAAUCCAGGUUCCAAGAGCCACUUGGUUCCUAGCUUUUCUAUCACAGUUUCUAACACAGGCUACAGUGUGGCUUUUCUGAGUCUUUAAGGGUGCUGUUUUCUUUCUGAGAUUAUGAGCUGGUUUAGUAUGUUAAGAUGCUGCUUCUUAGUAACAAUUAGGUUGGGGAUCACCAACACGUGAUUGAUGGCCCAUGUAUAUUUUUUAGAUAUUUUGAAGGGGUGGGAGAAUGGCAGGCAUUUCCUUGACCUGCGGAGGGGUUUUCCUGAAUGUGAUGUAUAUAUGCUCAAGUGUGCUGUGCACUUGGACAGAGAGAGCGGGAGAGAUAUUUGGCACAAUGUGAAGUCUCUGAGAGAGUGGUGUGGCUAUGUUUUGCUGGUACUGGGGAAUGUUUCUUGUUAGACAGCAACAGCGCAUGAUGUGUGCGCGCGUGCGUGCGUGCACAACCUUAUGGCAAGUGUGAGGUUGUGGCGAGGGGAGAAGCAAGGACUGUACUCUCUAAUUUUGUUAUGACAUGCCCCCAUGGCAGCUAUUUUAAGACUGGCCCCCACAUGUGCCUGCUGACCCAGAAAAGUUGGCAACUCCAGGUUAGCUCAGGGGUGGGGAACUUUUGAUCCUCCAGACAUUGCUGGGCUAUAGCUCUCAUCACCCCUGGCUGUUGGCUGUACUGGGUGAGAUUGAUGGGGGAAUUAGAGUCUAAUAAUACCUAGAAGGCCACUGUUUUUGUUGCAGUUGGCUUGGGGACUUUAUGCUGGUGAUGUGUAUGGCCACCCACAUUCAUGCACAUGAGACAUGUAGCAGAAGUUUAAACCACUCCAUCCAGUUGAUAGUGUUACAUGACCCCUUUUACCAUUGCUGAUUUGGGUGGUGCUGAACCUCUACUUGCUAUUGAUUGGAGUGCUCCUUCCUGUUUCUGGAGUGUUCCAAUCUGCUAUUAUGCGUAUUGAGCAUUCCAAUGUUUUGCAAGCACUUGGGAAAAUAUCAGAACAUAUUGGAACACUCUGAUCUACUUUGAUCAGUGGCAGAUAGGAGGUAUUUUGUUCAAUGCUGUUGGCCCUGGGCUAAGUUCUGCUGGACCAGCAAAAAAAGGCUUGGUGGACUGGAUUAGACUUGCAGUCCAGUUAUAUCAGAAGUGGUGAAUCACUUAUUUGUAUUGGAAAAUAUAAAGCACCAAUGAGAAAUUAUUAAAUCGGUGAUUUCAGUUGGCUGCUACAGCUUCAGGAUGCAUUUGAAAUUGCCUUGAUUUAACUCAGUCCACUCUGAUCUUCUAGCAGAUUCUCUUGUCUAGCUGGUUGUGGCUUUCAGUGUGAGGAACUGCUAGAGUACUCUUGGGGAUGUGGGAAGUUUGGACCAUAGCCAGCGCCAAAAGAGAUCGCAACCUCCCAACCUUUUCCCUUAGCAGUGUGCUAUUGAAUAUGUGCAAUUAACACUGUAAGGCAGUUCUGUUUAUAUUCCUCAGAUGUUGGUUUUCUGUGUACUUUGUGCAUCGGUUUUCAGCAGCUUAUUGGAUCUGUUACGUUGCGGUAGUGUGCCAUCAGCAGUUUGACAAGUAACUUUAAAUCUUACUGCCAUAACUAGAAAACCAUGUUCUUUAAAAGCCAAUGACCAUUUUUUCAAACCGUUAACUUGGUUGAGAUGUCAGGCCAAAUCAUGGUUUAAACUUCCAAAUAUAAAAUGGAAUUGUUUUGUCAGCUUUCGUAUUCCAUGCAUUCCGCUUUGUAAGUUUGCUCCCUGCACCUCAAAGUGCAGUAGCUUCUGGAGUUGGAGUGAUGGCUGUAACUUGCAGUCUAUCCAUUUAGACAUUGCAUCGUGAUAAUGGGACAUGGUUUGCAAACCUGGUUCUGACUGUAAUAGGCCAAUUGUCUUUAUCUUCUAAAAAGUUCUUCCUGGUGUCGCCCUUGCUCAAAUCUUUUAGAGAGGCUCCCCCUACAUUAAGGUCGAAGUCGCCCCAUAGUAUGGCUUUUCCAUCAGCAAAUUUAUUUAAUUUACAUAAAACUUUUCAAAUAAAGUCAAGUCAUUUUGAGUUUGGUGCAUAUAGGGAUCUAACAGUUUACAUUAUUAUUAAAGGGACAAUGAAUGGUUAAAAAAAAUACCAUUCUUGUAUUUCAGUAUUGAAUGGAUUUUAAAGUUUAUUCCUUUGCCAAAAAUGACUGCUACCACCCUGUCCUUUACUUGAACCUGGUGCUGUCACUUGGUGUUGAAACCAAUUACCACUGAAGAUUUUACUUUCCCUAGGGGGUUUUAACAAGAGAUACAAAGGCAAUUUGUGGCUUGUAUGUCUAGGCAUUUCUUUUUUAUAGGAUCACUAAUUCCCCUCAUGUUCACUGUUACUGUUUCUAGUGUUAAAGACUAACCUGUAACCAGGAUACCAUUCUCCUUAAGAUUUGGUUAAAGUCACAAGUUAAGUCUUGUCAACAAUAUCUGGAGGAUCUAGGAUGUAGCUGCUUUGUGUGUUGUAGUGGUCUCCUCUGUUGUUAUGCAUGAGACGUUUGCUGGAACUUUUGCUCCAGUUUGUAUCCUCCCAACAUCCAUCAGAAAAUUCAGCAUUCUCUUCUUCCAUUGCCGCCUCUUGUUGUCAUUCCAGAAGUAGGUUGAUUCCAGGAGUGUUGUGGAGAUCUGUUGCUUCCAGUCUGUUUGUUGAUGUGAGGCAUUUUGAUCCUCUCAUGGCAAUAAGAUGUCAGAGGAAGCCCCAGCGAUAUUUAAUUUCAGCUUCUUGCAGUUUAAUCAUGCAAGCACAUAGAUUUUUCCUCUCCCCCCCCUCUGUGUUUCAGAAGCCAGAUCCUGCAUCACCAUAACUAGACUGCUUUUAUAAGUUAUGGAUAUUAGGUUCCUUGGUUUUUUACAUGCUUCCUCCUCCUUCCUGUAUCAGGCAAAGCAGACGGUUACAUGACAGGGGGAGGAGAGUUCUCUCCCCUAGUUUGAGUCUAAGUGCUGUGUGUUCCAGUUCAGAAUAAUCAACAGAGGUUAUGAGGUCUGGAAGCAGUGAUUUAAGCAUGAGGCAAAUAUUGUGCAGGAUCUUUGUGUUCUACUCUCUCUACAAAAAAAUGAAAACGUAAAUUAAUUCUCCUGUUUUGAUUUUUCUGCAUCAUCAAGCUUGUUGAAUGUAUCUUCAUUUUCUUUUUGUAAUUGUUUGAUCUUGUCUUAGAUUUGGCUUAAUUAUUUUGUUGCUUUAGUUGUUUCUGUUAAACAAUCAAGCCACAUGUUAAAUUCUGUCAGUUUUGUUUUCAGUGGAAGCAUUAGUUCAUUCUACGUAUUUUUAAUAAGCUCCUUUAUUACUUCUUCUGCUGCAAGUUCAUCUCCUCAGAUAUUGUUACCAUUUUCUUUCUCCAGUGAGAAAGAGGCAUCUUUUGAAGGCAGUGCCAUCCUGACUGAGGCCUGCAUUAGUGUCGCAGUUGAAGUGAGCCUUCUAUCUCAGAAAGAAUUGAUUAAAUCAAGAACUCUGCCUCUUAUCUGUGUGUCCCCCCCCCCCCAUAAUUGGGAAUCAAAAGUGGCUAUAUAAGAAGCAUAAUAUAGGUUAGUUGGUUAGAGCAUGGUGCUGAUAACACCAAGGUCACAGGUUCGAUCCCCAUAAGGGACAGCUGCAUAUUUCUGCAUUGAAGGAGGUUUGAACUAGAUGAUCCUCAGGGUACCUUCCAUCUCUGAUCUCACAGGAUGAUAUUUAAAGGCAAAAUGACCCCCUCUUGAAUGUAUUAAGACUGCCAAAUUGCAGGCAGAUGCCUCCAGAGCUCUUUGCAGGCAGAUUCCCUCCAGAGCUCUUUGCUCAAAACUUUAAGGUUUUAAAAGUAUCUAGCUUUUUUAUCUUCUGUCAGAAUUGGGUGCAAUUUUCAGGCAUGUUUGUCCCUUCUGAGGUAGUGAAGCCUACCGGCUUUCAAAAUGUUCGCUGGAGUGAUUCUUUGCAAGGGAAGACUUCUCUCUUUUUUUGGAAGAUGAAUAAAAUAGAAAACACUUCACCUCCCUGUAUGUUCAGCGGACAGUCUGAGAAGUGGUAAUAUGAGGCAGGUGCCUUGAGUAAGUGCAAGGUAGUAGUCUUACCAAUAAGCAACACAACCGGGAGCUCCUUUAAGGGACAAGCAGGUUUAGCUGAUUUAAGGGGAAAGUAGAAGUCUGAGGAGGAAUGCGGGUGGCGCUGUGGGCUAAACCACAGAGCCUAGGACUUGCCAAUCAGAAGGUCGGCGGUUCGAAUUCCCGUGACGGGGUGAGCUCCCGUUGCUCGGUCCCUGCUCCUGCCAAUCUAGCAGUUUGAAAGCACAUCAAAGUGCAAGUAGAUCAAUAGGUACCACUCCGGCGGGAAGGUAAACGGCGUUUCCGUGCGCUGCUCUGGUUCACCAGAAGCAGCUUAGUCCUGCUGGCCACAUGACCCGGAAGCUGUACUCCAGCUCCCUCGGCCAAUAAAGCAAGAUGAGCGCCGCAACCCCAGAGUCGGUCACGACUGGACCUAAUGGUCAGGGGUCCCUUUACCUUUACCUUUAGAAGUCUGAGAGGGAGAAUGGAAGAAUGUUUAGAAACUUUGAACAAGCAAUGUAAAACCAGGGCAGGGAAACAAUUCACAAUGGAAAAAAACUAAACAUAUGUAUCAGCAGGAUGGUGGGUGGACUCUGAGAAGUUUGCACAAACAAGGAAAAAAAAUAGAACUGAAUGAAAAGCAAAUAGUUAUAGUAGGUGUUUGUUGGAAAAAAGGAAGGAUUUGAAUAAAGAUGAACAAAUAAAUAAUAUGACUUAUCCAACAAUUGAACUAAGGGAGAGAGAAUAUGCAGAGAUCAUAUAAUGUGAGCCCUCUUAAAGUUUUCAGAAUAUCUAAGCAAAGACAUGGGGAGGGAAGAACGAACAGUGGUUUGAAAACAAAUUGAUUGUUGAAGUAUGGAUUUUUAAUAGUUAGGAAAUGGCAAGUGAUUGGGAAGGAGUUCAACAUCCCUUCACUAUGAUUGGAGUGCCCUGGGAAAAUAAUCGCUGUGAUUAAAACCCAUGCCUGCCAAUCAAAACAAAAUAUUUUCCCAAACACUUCUCCACUGAAACUCAUGAUGUUGGCUUUAGUUGUUAAAAAAUAGGUUGGUCAAUGCAUUUUAAAGACCUUAAAAACUAACUUUCAAACUUCUAUUGAUUUCAGUUCAGGGUUCAAAAUUAGCAGGCGCCAGGUGCAUUUUGUGCCUAAAUAUCCUCCAUUUGUGAGCACCUCAGAAAGUCUGGGUGCCAUUUUUUGCACCUGGCUGACACCCAAGGAUUACUGAAAUGUAUGUGCUAUGAAGCCUCAAAGUAUCUUUUAAGGAUAGACAGUAUGUUAAGGAGUUUCACAAUAAAGAGUAGAGUGUUUUGAAAACUGAAGUAUGGUACCAGUAUUUUUAUUGUAAACACCAAAUUAAACAUGUAGUAACAAUUUCUGCUUAAAAAUGUGAUAUUAACAAUGUGCCGCAUAUGUGAAUUUCACACUAGUUCAUGCUUAUCAAAAUAAUAAAUAAAAAGUCUUGCCAAACAUGCCCCCCCUCCUAUGGCGACUAGACAUUCUGUUUUGGCUCCCACAACCCAGGUCCCAGAGGUCAUUUGGCUCCUAGCUUUUCUAUCCCAGUUUCUAACACUGGUAUCAGGAUGUUUGGAGCAGUAAUUUAUCCAUGUUGAGAACUAGUAUGGUCUUAUUUCAUUCCUCUUCAGUUUUUAAAUUGUUGGUGAGCUGAAGAGUAUUUAUGGAACCAAUACCAAUAAUGUUUCAUUGUUCGUAGGAGAGAUGCCAAGGUGUGCCUCUGCUUUGAAAUAGUGCUGAUUAAGUAAUACUGGAGAACUAGAUUAUUCAUAAUCUUGUAUAGAUGAACAAUUCUGUUGUCCUUUGGCUGCAAUGGUUUAUAAGCAGAGGGGUUGGGGAGAUCGUGGUGGUUUUAUCCCACUUUUUGAUAAAAGUUCAGUGCAGCAUAUUUUAGUUAAUUUGAAAGACAUCUGGAAAAAAUAGUUACCAGGUUCUGCAAAUGCUGUUAAAUGUUUUGUACAAAUAUGCACUACCAAAAUGUAGACCAAAAAAUGGCAAAGGGUACUUGAGCUCGAUAGUUUAUAGUAUUGCUUUAUAGAUAAUUUGAAAAGAUUAAUAUUUCUCUUUAAAGAUGAACUCCUUGCAUUGUCAUAGUGUACUUUAUAUUCACCAUAGUGAUCUUCAGUACAAAUCAAUUGUUAGUACCAGUGCCAAUACUGAGUAAUCUCCACAUGCUGAUGAGAGAGACCUUCCUAUACCAGGGCUGGGGAAUUUGUGACUUUUAUGGGAUACUAUCUCCCUAUAGCCCUUGACAGUAUUGCCAGUGGGCAAGGAUUGUGAUGGGAGAUGUAGUCCAGCAACAUCUGGAGGGCCACAAUUAGUAAUAUACAGUAAUCCUAUUGCUGGAAAGCAUCCAUAAUAUACCCAUCCCUCCUGCCAUUUUAAGCUCAAACCUUUCAGACAAGAAAUCCUGUUGCGUAUCUCCCAUAUAACAUCUGGUUGGAUUGCAGGAAUACCAUUGAUGUGAAUAAAAUAAAGUGUUUCCUUGCUCUAAUUAUCCCAGUGUAUAAGGAGAGAUGUGGGUUUUGUUGUUUACCCUGUUUUUAUGAGGAACAAGCUGUCUCCUAUCACAGGAACAUACAUAGUUUCUUUGUACCAAAUCAGACCAUUAAUCCUGAUAGCUCCCAUUGUAUACUGUCUGGCAGUGACUCUCCAACAUUUCAGGUCUUUCUGUGUGAUACCAGGGAUUUAACCUGGGUCCUUGUUGCAUGCAAAAUGUUUUCUGCAACUAAGCUGAUUCUAGGCUGUUUUCACUUUCUUUACUAUCAUCUUCAUGCUCCUCCCAUUAUACACCAGACAGCUCUCUUUAUUAUUGCUCUUCGGAGAAUUCACCCUCCCUUCAAACUUGCUAGUGAACUUGUAGCUAUAGCAUACCUGUAGCCCUUUCCUUACAUAAGUAAGGAUGAGCGAACCCCUUGCUGUUCAAAUGUAACAUGAAGUCCAUAUGCUUUUAGCUAAUACAUAGACAUUUCUACUCUAUUAAAUUGUGUUGUGUGUGUUGCAGCCUUCUUCCUGGAUUAGUUCAUUAUAUUUAAAAAAGAAACCAAAAUGACACAUACUGACCAUAUUUAUCCUAAGCUAUCUACUCUAGGGUUUUUCUAUAUAAUGUAUUGCAGUUAGUGUGCAAAAUACAAAGAGUUUAGGUACAUGUUUUAAGUAUAAACUCUCUUCAAACAAGUAUUCUCAUUUUUAAAAGAACAUGUUAGAAUCAUCUUUAUGUGAUCCACAAACUAUCCAGUAUGCAAUAGCUUUGUAUUAGACAGUACAUGCGACUCCUCACUUAUGUGGGAGUUACAUUCCAGGGUCACGCAUGUAAGUAGUUUGUGUGCAAGUGGGUAGGUGCCUGUAAUAGAGAAAACAUUAUACUAGGGGCGUUCAGAAUGCUUUGCUAUUCAUUAAGAAAUUGACAAAGGAUUAAAAUAAAAUUUGUUUAAUUGCCAUAAAUUUCAGUGCAUUUAUUCUGCUUGUCUUUCAAGCUGGUAAUGCCUGCCAAAUUUCAAGUGUUUGAUUAUGAGCCCAAUCUACUGCUGCCUUGUCUGUGCUUCAUUGUCAGCAAAUUGUCUUCAUACCUGGGAUUUAAAACAUCAAAAUAGGUAGUAAUUGCUAAGGGCUAGAAAGGGAUUAUAAGAUGCAUGCUCAAGGCCUCACUCCUUAAUAGUGAGGUGUGCUUGUGUGUGUUGUCAAGGAAGAGCCAAACAGUCUCCAAGGAUCUCCUGAGGUGAUGGCUGUGAGCCAGUUAUUGGGAAGAACUGCCUUGAGUUGAAUUUAACCUCUGGAAACAGAAUGCCAGUGUUAGAAAAACAUGAGUGGAACUGUUCCAAAAACUUCUUUGAUUAAUCAAUCCUUUGUUAUGUGAAGUUCUAGGGAACCCAUCUUGCAGUCACCUUUUGUAUGAAAAUAAUGGAUGGUCACAAAUGAAACCCCGCUUUUCAGAGUUUUGCCAUCUUUUAUAGACAAUUUGGGAUAGUUUGUAAUAGCACCAGUUGUUUCAGGGUUGAUUGCAGUUGGGGUUGGCUAUAUCCUGGGUCACGAAGAGAAUUUCAGCUGUGCUUAAACUCUUGAAACAUUGUUUAAUAUGGGAUACACAAUGAGUACACCAAUUUAGCCCUUCAUCUAUUUGUUUAGGAUUAUGGCCUUCAAAGGCCACUGUUCACCAUUCCAUGAAUAAUUCACCUUGAUCUUUCUUUCCUCAUGUGCCCCCAAUUGGCUUGGGGUAGUGCUAAGGGGACCCCCAGGACAGUGUACACGGAGAGGCGGGGGUUUAUUCUGUCUGGCAAGCUUAAAUGCUUGCACAGAAGGAAAGUUUAUAAUAGUGCGACAUUGAAUUCCACCCUUAGUCUAAACAUAGUAUUUUAAUAGUUUUAUUUACACAUCUGUUAUGCUCACCUUAAGCUGAACAAUAGCUUAUAUUUUUGCAUUGUAUUCAUUCUCUGUAAAGUUACAAAAUAUAUUGAACACCCUUUGUGUAUAUAUGAAUAGUAAAACCAUGGUGCACCAAAUUAGUGUUGUGGUAUCUUCACCACUGGAAUUGAUCCACCAGUGGAAUAUUGUUCUGGCAUAUUUGGAGUUCUGUUGGGAGUACUUUAUCUGUCAUGCCCGCAAUGUAUCUUGUAUUCUGCUAAUGAAGCAGGGCUUCCACCAGAUCCCAAGAGCCUCUCAACCAGCACUCAAGGAUAGGAUUGUGCCUAAAGUGUGUGUUUGGGUUGAAAUGAUCAUAAUGUUACAACUGCCUAAGCCAAUCUUUAUUCCUAUAUCAUUUGAGAAGUGUUAUUUUGUUGUUGUUGGACCUUAAAUAAAUUAUAUUCAUGUUCAUUUGAGUAGUGUGCUUUUAUAAGAACUUCAUUAUAAAUAACUAGUUAUACAGUGAGCUGGCAUUUGUAGUUUCCCUUUUUAGUUUAUAUUGAUGACAUACAUCUAUUUUAACUGAAAGUUGUUUCCAUUGGCUUAGAUGGCAAUACAUUGUGGACUAAAGGGGAUUAAUGUGCGUUGCAGAUGUUUUCUGUUCCAGGAGCUUUUUCUGAAGUAUGCCAGUCUAAGAAAAAAAUGUUUGAUUAUUCAUUAAAACUAUGCAGUCUCCUACUUUGUGCAAGCAGACUUCCACUUAUGCAUUGCAGCUUCCUCUUCUGCAGCCUGCAUACCCUUCCACAUCUGCUCUAGAUCUUUUUUUUUUGGGGGGGGGAGCGUGCUGUAGAGAGAAGGAAGGUGACGUUUUAUGCAUGAGAUGAAGCAUGCUUGGUGGCAUAGGCAGCAGCUGUUUUAGGCACAUCCAAUAUGUGUGGGACCACACGGAACCAAAAAGUGCCCUGAAAAGUCAUAAGAAAGUCAAAAAAGGGGGCAGAAUGGGGUGGGACAGCCUUACGCAGGCCCCACUGACGUGUUUGGGGGGGGGUCUGAAAUGUAACCCACACACAGUUGGUCGCUGCCUGUAGAUGGAUAUUUUUCAAUUACAUUUGACAAUGUACUCUUUACUCAAAUUCUAAAACUUUUAUUCACAUCUAUUUUUAGUAAUAGAAAUGCACACAGCUGUUAAAAUCUGCCAUAGUGUAAAAAAUGGAAAAAAAACAAAACAGUAACACUGCUUUUACAGCAUUCAUAAAUACAUUCUUUUAUCAAGAGAACAAACAUAUGGUAAUCCUGUUGUAUUAAUUGCUUUUAUAGGGAUAAGAAAUAAAAAGCAAGCAUCUUUGGGUUGGGCUAAAUAUCUCAAAACAUCAUAGAUUAAUUUGAUGCUUGCUUAUAUUAAUUGACUUAAUGGAUAUUUAAUAGCAUUCAUUUUAGACUUGGUUGGCUUCUUAACUUUUUUUCUCUUAGAUAUAACCCCUUGUAUGUUUUUAAAUAAAUCUGCACUGCAGACACUACUUAAUGUUUUCAGUGCUAUUUUGUAGAAAAUUUGGCAUUACUUGUUUUGUUGCCAAAGUUGUCAUUAUUUAUAUUAAUAACUUUAUCAUUUUCUGGGGGACGUUUCCAAUUCUGCACUCAAGAUCCAAAUUGGGUUUGCAGAUAGCUGCUGUUGAUGUGCCUCUUUGACUUGAUGUGUUGGGCCCAAUCUUACACUUCUAUGGUCGGUCCUCUGAUCCCUACCCCCUGGAAAUAGGUUUAUAAUAAUUCUUGAAAUAUCCAGAUUUAAGCAUUUGUUUUAUAAACAACCAUACAGCUUGAUGUAUGGAACUCCUCAGUUUGCUUCCCCCUUCUGAAGGCAUCUUGGGAAGAUACUGAAGGAAAAAGAAAAUAUGGGGGGAAAUUCUCAACAUCCAUGGUAACACACGAGAGAUUACUUGGAUUGUGUUACAAUAGCCCUUCCUUCUAGUCAUUUUUAAAGUUCUGAAAGUCCCUUAUUAAGCAGGCAAAUAUAUGUGGAGGUUCUGAAGACUAAAGAAGAGUUGUUAAACAGAAAUUCUGUUGAAAUUAAACUAGGCUGCAAUGUGAACAAACUUGUAAACUGAUAUAAAGACACAAAAGAUAAUUCAAGAUGUGUAGCAUAGGGCAAGAGUUGAUCAAGAAUGUUUAGAGCAGAAACAAGAAGGUGAAUAAGAAUGUCUGAAUGGAUAUAAGAGAUGAUUUGGAAGGGAGCCAAAAAUAAACAACAUACCUAACUGUCAGUAAGAAAAAUAAUAACCAAGCAUUGAGAUAAGAUGGUGUAGAAGGGAUAUGGCAGUGGAGACUUCAAAUGAUGGCAAAAUAGAGAAAAUCUACCAAUGGGAUAAGAUCAAGAAUUUGACUUGACUAAUGAGUACAACACCUCAACAUUGUACCUCCUCUAAGGGCAGCUAUAUGCAUUGGAUUUGUAUCUGAUCUCAACCCCACCCCCCUGCAAUCUGUGGAAUAUACUGCAAUAGGUAGGAGAGGUAGGUGAAAUUGGCUAACCUGCCGCACAUAAGCAGAAAGAAAGUCAUCAUUGGAUACGACCCAAAACACAACUUAAGUUGUUGUGCAUGCAUAGAUGACUUGCGCCAUGCUGAUCCACUUGGAGAGGGGGACAGGAAAGCAUUUGGCCCAUGACCUCAAGCUCAAAGGACACAUUACACUGGGCAACAAUUUUUUACUUUUUGAAUGUUGUCUAGAUUUCUACAACUGAUUUAGGGUAUUUUUGCACUGCUGAAUCAGGAAAUGGCAUCCGUUCCUCUCCAUCAGGUCAGGUUUACUGUAAACUGAAUGGUGGGCAUUGAUAAAGGUAAGUACACGUAAAUUGCAUGUUGCUUCACCAUUUUUCAAACUUCAGGGCUUGAACUUCCGUUUCUUGGAACUCCUGGAAUGCUCAGCGGCAGGGAGGUCUCUCUUCAGAGUCCAACAGUAGUCAGCCAUCAUGACUGCGUCCCAGCGACCCUGAUACCUGGUCGCCAUCUCUUUCAUGUCCUGAGGGACGCUCUCGCCCUGCUCGUCACUCAUUGAACCCAGGUUCUCAGGAAACCGGUCCAUAUGUGAAAAUAGGUAGUGCAUCUUGACGCUCAUGUUGCAGCCCAGGUUUCUGAAAGCAGUCAGCAUGUUGUUGACAAGUUCUGCGUAGUUUCUGGCCUUAUUGUUGCCAAGAAAGUUCUUCACUACCAGAACAAAUGCCUUCCACGAUUCUAGUUCUACUUUGUUCAUUGAGUUUCCGAACUCAGGAUCUCUGAUGAGCUGACGGAUCUGAGGACUGUCAAAGAUGCCAGCUUUCAACUUCUCCAUGGUCAUUCCUGGAAAAGCCUGGCACCAGUAAGUGAAGCAGUCACCAUCCUUGUCCAGAGCCUUGGUGAAAGAGCCUUGGUGAACUGCUUGAUUAAGCCGAGCUUGAUGUGGAGCGGUGGGAAGAGUAUUCUGUCUCUGUCCACCAGAGGGUCGUUGAUGAUGUUCCUUUCUUUGCAAGGCACCAAUUCCUCCCGCACAGGCCAGUCCUUUGUGUAAUGCUGAGCACGGUCCCUACUAUCCCACAUGCACAGAAAACAUGGGUACUUGGUGAAGCCAGACUGUUGUCCCAACAAAAAGUUCACCAUCUUCAGGUCAACACAAAUAAACCACUUAUGCUGAUCAUAACCAAUUUUCUCCAGCACAUACUUCACCGCUUCAUAGUUCUCUUUCAGUGUAUUCGAGUGAGCCAGGGGUAUAGAGGCAAACUGGUUGCCGUUGUGUAGCUGAACACAUUUCAGUGAUCGCUUGCUGCUGUCAAUGAACAGUCUCCAAUCUUUGGGUUCGUACUGUGGCACUCCAAGCUUGAGCAGAAGCUGCGCAAUAUCUGCACAGUACACCAAGUCCUUCUGUUCCGAGAAAAAACGGAGGUACUCUUGAUGCCUGUUGCGGAAGAAGCUGAUGCGAGCACUGUCAGAGAGGAGGGUUUUUUCCUUCAAUCUGGAUGCCAACAGUUCAGUAGAGUCCUUUGACAAGCUGAGGUCACAAACUAGAUCAUUCAACUCCUUUUGGGAAAAUGGAUGUGGAGCAUUAUCUUCAAGAACCACUUCUUCUUCUUCAUGUCCUUCAACACUGGAGGCAUCUUCGUCACUAAUGUCAGGAAGUUCUCCGAAGAUAGGCACUGGAAUUUCAUCACAGUGAGCUACAGGACAACGUGCUGAUUGAAGAUCAGGAUACUUCGUGGGCUGCUGCCCCAUUAACUUAGUUUUGAUCCCCCAACAUUAUGCUUUGCUGCACCAAUUUAUGGAAGAUUUCGAGGUUUUAUGACUUCAAACUGAUCCCUUUUCGACAUAAUCACCCAGAACCAUCUGACCUGAAUACUUCUUGUCAUUAAAAUAAUCAUUUCCAAUCAAAACAAUUAUUCGACAUGGCAUUUUACCCCCACCAACUUCUUCUAAAAUGCUCCACACAAGCGUACAUGUGAACAAAAACGUAAAAAAAGACAUGUGGCCAUAGCUCAAAAACCUGACCUGACUGAGCAAAACCAAUGUGAUUUUUGGAUUCAGCGCAUCAGAUUCGUCCUAAAUCAACUGAAAAAACGCAGACAACAAAUUUGUUGUUGACCAGUGUUAUAAUUAGACACUUGUGGGGUUGUGGUGGCUUAUUGUUGGGUGGUUGUGGUUUGGGCAUUUGGUGGGUUUUCCCACUUGUUUUUAUGCAUAUUGGGCCAAAUCAGAGCUGCAAAUUUAAACAGAUUAGAUUCGUGAUUUAGUAAAAGACAAAACAUUUUGCUUAACUGGUAAAGAUUUUGUCAGACGCUUAAAAGCAAUUGGAAAGUAGUCAAAUUAUUCCCACUCUUCCCUUUCCUUAUUUUUUGUGUUUUCAUUUUUUAUUUUUAUCAUCGCUAGUAAGAGUGGAGGCUGGUCCAUCAGGGCAACCAGGGCUUAGCCCUACUUACUGAUAUGUUUUUCAGUUUUUAAAGAAUUUUCCCAAAUCUCAAAGCCCAUAGUCUUUAUUCUGUACACCGUUCCACAAUCCAUUUGAAAUUUGAGAGGCUCCUCCUAAAGACGUUUCUGGCCAAUCUAGUCUCUGUACCACUCAACCAAUCUCAACCCAAAAUUAUUGCUGUGGCCAUGAGGACCCACUCAACUGUUCUAGGCAGAAAAAACCUUGGUAAUGAAUUUGUAUCUUAUCAGAGCUACUGGCUCUUGGUCCUGGUUGUGAAGUUUUCUGCUCUCUCUUGUUGUCAUGAUGGCAACUGUAUGAUGUAUAUAACCUUAGCAGGUCUAUCCUUUUGUUAGACCUGGGAACUCAGUACUUCUGUUCUGAGCAUGCUGAGCAAGGCCACACCUCCACACAACUAAAAGUACAUUCUUUGUAGCUAGCCAGGGGAAAGGUGUGGUUACUAGUUCAGGCAUGUUGUUUUUGAUCAAGACUUGUUAAGAGACAGCGAUGGUGCACACAGUGCAAGUCUUUCUACACUAUCUAUUUUUUACUUAAUCAUUUGAGCUUAUUUUUUGAAUGGUUCAGAUGAGAACUCAUUGUGCAAAGCAAAUACGUAUUAUGGGAACAUGGAUCGCACCCUGCCUGGAGAACUCAACCAGUCAAGCCUCUCCCAGCAGAUAAUCACACACCCGAUUUGCUCAGGACCUUCUUAUAGAGCCCAAUCUUUGUGGGCCUGAAUAUGUCCCAGACCUCUUUUUUAUUUUUAGGAGUUUUUCAUGUUUCCAAACCUAUCCUCCUAUCCCAAUUCAAGAUUAGGAACAAGCAGGCUGGAGAAAAACAUUUUAUUUGUAGUAUUCUUUUAACAGUGUUCUGUUUAUCCAUUCUUUCCUCCAAGAAGUUCAAGGUGGAAAAUUCAUGAAUAUUCUUUUCCCCCUUUAUCCUUAGAACAAACUGUUGAAGUAGGUUAGGCUGAUGGAGAGUAGCUGUCCCAAGGUCACAGAGUGAGCUUCAUGACUAAGUUGUGAUUUUAAUACUGAUCUCUCAGCUGUUAGUCCACUUUAAAAAAAUCUUCAUUUUUUCCACAUUCUGGAAAAAUGUGUCUAGAUUUCUCCAUUGAUUACUUCAGAUGACUGAUUUCUAGUGGGGCUUUUCAAAAACAGGUCCUUCAUGUUAGCUUUGCAAUUUUGUCUGUGGUUUUAUUUAGAGAUAAAAGAAUUAUUGACUAAAGAAUCUUAAUAAAUGUCACUGGGUGAAUUGCCCCUUCUUUGCAAGAUUAAAGUGAGUUGAAAUGUAUUGUAGCACCAAUUAUGUAAACAUAAUUCAGUAGUAAUGAAACCAGAUUGCUUUAGGUUUGUGCUACAUUUAUAGAUGAUGGAUCCCAAUGAUUGGUGGGAUUGUUAGACUAUGUAGAGACAGUGACCAAUUUAUGUGGGGGAUACAUUCCAAGGCACAUAUGCUUAUGUGAAAUCGCAUAUAAUUGGAACGCCCAUUGGGAAAGCUUGCAAACACCCUUGUUCUGCCCCAACCCCACCCAUUUUGUGAUUUUUUGGGUCACUUCAGGGUUCAGCACAAUGUGCGUGUGUGCGAUCACAGACAUAUCGGAUGAGCCUAAAACGGUUGCUGCCUGUAUUUGAGUUUCACAUGAUGAGAAAAAUUCAAAUAUUUUGGUUACCUUUCAUGUUAAAUAAUUAGAGAACUUCAGUGUCAUGCCAAAAAGGCUCAUUGGUGACAUUUCUAUUUAACACCACAAGUUUCCAACAGCAUCAGAUCCAUUCCCUAUAGUAGAGGGCUCCAGCUGGAUAUGUGAGACAGUUACAUAUUUUGAAAUAUGUUCUUUUAUAGUCUAUUUCUUAAGAGGGCUACUGUUGCAUAAAUGUUACUUCUGUUCUAAAAACAUUUCAGCAAGAAACUUUAUUUUGCUAUUAGUGUUUGUAGUUUGUCAAACAACAAUUGUUAAACGACAAUAGUUCAAAACAACAAUUAUUCUGCUACUUUUUAUUAAUUUACUUUAAAAACAGUUUGAGAUGCAUGCCAAGUUGAGGUAAAAUCAUAAGUACUGGGAACAGAACCUAAACUACCUGAACACCUUAGGUCCAGGGUAUCUCAGGAUUUGCCGGUCCCUUGUAUCCCAAUUUGACCAAUGAUAUCAUCUGCAGAAGUGUUAUUGGCCAUUCUCCAGGUUGGUGAGGCUCAUUUGACAACAAGAAAUCGAGCUUUUAAUGUCAUCAGUCCAGUCCUGUAGAAUAGAGAUUUCAGCAGGCAUCUUCUGUGCUAACCUUUAAACGCCUGCUGAAAACAUUUCUAUUCUACAAAGCCUGUGCAGGGAAUUAAGAAUCUAUUCUUCCACAAUUGUUAAUUGAUGUCUUAACUUAUAUGGUUUUUAUUGUAUGAUUUUAUGUUUUAUUGCUCUAACCAUCUGAUUUUUUAAAAAUGACAUAGCCGUAUAUAAACACAUUUGUUAAAUAAAUAAAUAAAUGUUGAAUAAUAUACGUAUAUAGUAUUGAUAAAUUUAAUGCUGUUUUGUUCUGAACACCCAAAACAUGUUGCAACCUUAUUGAAUAACUUGGUUUGUAAUUGAUUUCCCCAUGUAGGUGCCAUACUAGGCAGAUCAGAGACACAGGAGUGCAUCUUCUACAAUGCUAAUUGGGAAACCGAUAAAACAAAUCGCAGUGGCAUUGAACUGUGUUACGGUGAUAAAGAUAAAAGACGACAUUGCUUUGCAACGUGGAAGAAUAUUUCUGGAACUAUUGAAAUUGUGAAAAAGGGUUGCUGGCUGGACGAUAUUAACUGUUAUGACAGGCAAGCUAACUAAUACUACUUUUUCAUUUGUUAUUCAUGUAUGUGUUUAAAAAGUAAUGCUUGAAUAAAGUCUGCACAGCUUAUAGUUCAAUUGGGCUGCUUCAAACCCAGAGCCUCUUGAUCUUAUAGAGCCUUUUAACGUAAUGCCAACCCAAUUUUUUGAGUGUCACUAUCUCAGCACUUGCCAUUUGUAACUUUAGGGUGCUGGCAAACAUACAUUCAAACCCACGGAAGUCGGCGUUGUCACAAACCACCACCUGUACAACGCCCACAAAUUUCAACCAAUUAUCACUUACUGUUUAUUGUCUGGAAACAAAAAGAAAUGCAUUGGAUUUUGCCAUUGGGAUUCAUUUAUUACCUUAGUCAGUGUUAGCAGAUUGGGGUAGUAAAUCAUCCCACAGUUUUUCAUAAACAAAUGGUUGAAGAAAUGUCAAGCAAGUGCCAGUAAGUUGGCAUAAGCCAUAUAAUGUUGUUUGGGGACAGUUCUCUAACCAAGGACAGCUUUCUUGCAGGUUUUUUAGUGGGGUUAGAAAAACACGGUUAAAGUUAGUUUUCAGUUGAAAUACCGUUUUUUUUCUAGUCAGCAAUAUUUUACAAUAUUUUUUAUAGCACUUACACUUUGUAUGUUUGUAUAUCGGGAGGUUUUUAAUGCUUGAUAUUUUAUGUUUUUAGAUAUGCUGCAAGCCGCCCAGAGUGGCUGGGGAAUCCCAGCCAGAUGGGCGGGAUAUAAAUAAAUUGUUGUUGUUGCUGCUGCUGCUUCUAUUAUUAUUAUUAUUAUUAUUAUUAUUAUUUUAUUAUUAUUAUUAUAUUUCUUUAUUAAUGUAAUUGAAAAUAAAUACCAUAGCUGUUAAAGGAACAGAAAGCAUGUUGUCUACUCAAUAUGCGGGGCAAAUGUUUACUGCACAAAUUCUGAUCUUUUAAGGUGCUACAAGAUUCCCUGUUGUUCAUCAACAGAUAGCGGCUGUUUAAAUGAAACCAUUAAUUUAGAAAUUGACUCAUUCUAGUUUUAGUGGACUGAUAUAUUAAAAUUACUUUCUACUCAUAUUUAGUACCAAAAUUUUAAGUUGUGCCAGACAAGAUACUCAAGGAUGGUGAUUUUCUCUCUCUCUGUCUGUUGGCUAUAGUUUUUCAAAACUGCGGGGGGGGGGGUACCUUUGGGGAUGGCAGAAGGAAUAGAUUCCCUUUGGAAUAGAUUCCCUUCAGAAGCCACCACAUCAAGACUUAUUGUGCUAUUAGAGGUGGAAGUGAAAAAGCGCAAGCACUGAUAGGAUUUCCCCCCGCCCCCAAUACCUGGAGAUAAACUUUCUGUCAGCUUUUCAAAAGGAGGCUUUCACUUAUAUAUCCAAGGGCUAGCAGAAACUGAGUUAUCACGUCUUCCUCUCCCAAGUCCUGCAGAUCCUCUUUUGAAGGAUAUACUUUGCUGAAUAUGGUGGGCUGUGGUGGGAGAGAGCUGAGAAAGGGGAGGUGGGUGCAGAGUCCCUGAAAAUGGGGUUGAGGCACCAUCCAUUAUCAGGAUUGAACCCCGUAACUUAUGUAGAUAUACUUCUAAGUAUACUUAUACAGAGAGUAAUUUUAAAAUGUAGGUGGGUAGAUAAUUUGUGAUAUUAAAAUGUGGAUGAAUUUCCUUGUAUUUGGCGGGGGGGGGACAGUAUCCUGGGUGAAUAUGUUCUGAUUCUUCAGUAUAAGAUAGUGUAAAAAUAAAAACAGUGGAUCAGUUAACGUGUUAAACUAAAUUAAAACAAGAGAAGAGAUGUAGUAAAAUACAAAGUGUGAAAUCAUAGUAGCAUAUUUUCAGUCCAGUCUUAAUUGGUGCAAGUUCCAUAGUUUUCAGCCUAUGAAAGUCAACUUUCCAAAAACAUCCAGGGGGUGCCAGGUUGGGGAAGGAUGACAUGCUUAAAUUAUUCUGAAAAGAAGCUACUUUGAUUCAUACUUUAAAUUAAGGUUCAGCUGAAAUGGAAGUUCCUUUUAACAAAAUGUUUUGCACCUGCCACUUGAAAGGAGGCAUUCUAUAGUACACACAGUUCUUCUUUCUUGGCAGAGAUGGAAGCAGAUCAGCCUCUAUAUAUAUUGAGUAGCUUGUGUCUUUUAAAGUGGCUCCUAGGACUUCAGAGGUCCACAGCAAUAUGCACAGCAUGAUCUGCAGCAGUAUUAAAAGGGAAGCAAUGAGCAGUGUGAUUUGCUAAGAGUGGUGAAUGGAUCACAAUUUUGUAGUGAAAGGUAACCUGCUGCUUGGGGGAAAAUGUCAUGCAUUCUGUAACAUCACCUUACAUCACAAUAAAUGAGCCAAAUGAAAAGUUGGUACAGAUCUGGUUUAAACACCUGCAACAAGAAUAUUCAAAUGUAGAUUCAUGACGCAAUGUUUUAAAAGCAGAUAUUUUAUUACUUUGCAUUAGUUGCUGGAGAGUCAUGUCUGUGUAUUUAUACCAUUGUAAAAUGAAGAUGAGUAACUGGUUUUAAACUCUUUCAGAACCGACUGUAUAGAAAAGAAGGACAGUCCUGAUGUGUUUUUUUGCUGCUGUGAAGGCAACAUGUGCAAUCAACAUUUUUUCUACUUUCCAGAAAUGGAGGUCACACAACGUAAGUUCAGUUUUUCUAGAUAGUCACUGUUAGUCACAGUUCAAUUUCUGCAACAUUGAGAAAUGUUAUUUUCCCUCACUUAUUUGUGCUGAUCUUAAGAGAAAUUCUGUUAAUAAGAACUUUUAUAAUCAUUCAAAUGAAAUCUUAGUUAUCCAAUUUCAGAAGGACUUUUUAACAUUAAAAGCUACAUGCUUGUAAAUAGCUGUGUUUCCAACAGUCUUCAGUCCAUAAAUAUCCUUUGUAACAAUUGCAUGUCUUGGUCACUGAUCAUAAUAGAUGUCUAUACACAGUGAUACGAGUGGUUUAGUUUGGACAUAAUGUAAUCAUAUUUACAGGAACAACAAUAAGAGCAAACCAUGGAGGCCAUUGGGUGUUCUGUUCCCUUUCCUUCCUCAUCUCUUUCCUCAUACAUCACUGUGAAAAGAAGAGUGGAAGCAUAUACUUCCAUUUUGUUGCAUUGGUAGUUCAAACUGCUUAUUGCAGGGGUGACUAACCUUUUGACAACUGGGGCCAAUGGGAGUAAGAGUCCUGGAGGGCCACAAGUUUGCCACUCCUGGUUAUAUUGAAACAAGCUGGGGUCAAACAGUGGUCUGUCAUACUGGCUUGUUUAAACUAACCAAAGUUUCCUGUUCAGAUGUAACCAGCAUCAGUUAAUUGAAACCUGGAAGAGAGAUUCUUCAAGUCUUUUGGCCAUACCAGAGGAGGACUGGGAAGUGAGCAGGUGUGAGGCUCAUUCCCAUAACACUAAACUAUGGUUUAACAUUGUGGCUGAAAUGGACUAAAUUAGAUGUACUGAAAAUAGCGUGAAUCAAAUUCAAAGAUAUUCCUGCAAAAUCAAUAAACUUUUCACUGAAUGCAAGUGGUAAAUAUGAACUGGCAAACACUAAACAGCUACUUUAUAUAACGUUUUGCUAAAUUUAGUACUUAAAGCACAAAGGGUAAAAUUAUUUUUAACAUUCACUUUGUCAUUGAUUCAUACUGAAAAUAACUUCUCAGCAAGAAUUUAAGCAUUUUGAUCAUUCUUAAAUUUGGGAGCUAUUUUUAAGUAUCCUUAGAGGGUCUUAAAGUAGUUAUGUGUCUGACACAUGGGAGAUAAAGUGAUACUGCUUUCUGGAGCAAAUUCUGCUGAUGAGAUACAACACAAGCUUUCAAGUCUCAUAACAUAUGUCAAGUAUAAAUGAAUAAAUGGGCACAAUGAAAGCAUCUUAAAUGAAAGUUGAAAUGCAAACUUAAACCUUUCAGUGUUUAACCUUUGAUCUGAUUUAAUCCAUUGAUAUCAUGAUGCUCUGUUUCAUAUGAAGUCCAUUUUACUUUUCUCUGUUUAUAAGAAUUGGUACUUUUCUGUUUGGUCUUACACUGUCAGAAGACUAACUGGGAACUUUUCUCCCCUGCAGCUACUUCCAAUCCUGUUGCAUCUAAACCACCCCUUUUCAGUACCUUGCUUUAUUCUCUUGUGCCUAUAAUGGGAAUUGCAGUGAUCAUACUGGUUUCAUUUUGGAUGUACCGACACCACAAAUUAGCAUAUCCUCCAGUACUUGUACCAACCCAGGUAAGCCAGUUUUUUUGAUCUGAAUUCAUUUGUUGCAGAAAGAUGAUGGUGAGUGACUGGAUCUAAUGACUAGGAUCAAAAGAAGUAUGAGUGGAGUUCUCCUUCAGCGGUGGCUUCUUCCCUAGCUUCUCAUUUUCACUGCAACGUCUUGCUCUGUUGAGAGUUUUGGGAGUGUCAGCAUGUGGUGUGGAAGUCUUCAACUAGAGAAAGGAGUUUGUGGAAACUGGGGGCUUCUUCCCCAGCCCUUCCAUGAAUGAAGGUGUCCUCUGUUCCCUGAAGUGACUGCCAGGAUGGUGGUUGAAUGUUCUGCAUAACUAAUCCAUUGUAAACUUCAUCUCUAUCUUCUGGGAUUCAUUCAUUAGAAAAGUACAGAGAUUUUAGACUUAAAAAACAAACUUGUAGGUUUUGGUCUUGGAAGUAUUAAACAUUAGAAUCUAAAAGGUAAAGGGACCCCUGACCAUUAGGUCCAGUCAUGACCGACUCGGGGGUUGCGGCGCUCAUCUCGCUUUAUUGGCCGAGGGAGCCGGCGUAUAGCUUCCGGGUCAUGUGGCCAGCAUGACUAAGCCACUUCUGGCGAACCAGAGCAGCACAUGGAAACGCUGUUUACCUUCCCGCCAAAGCGGUACCUAUUUAUCUACUUGCACUUUGACAUGCUUUCGAACUGCUAGGUGGGCAGGAGCUGGGACCGAACAACGGGAGCUCACCCUGUUGCAGGGAUUCAAACCGCCGACCUUCUGAUCAGCAAGUCCUAGGCUCUGUGGUUUAACCCACAGCGCCACCUGCGUCCCUAUUACUCUAACAUUAGAAUCUAGCAGCAUCUUAAGAAAUGUUACUCUAGAAGAAAGUACUUCUUCACUCCCUGCGUAGUUGGAAUUAUGGAACUCACUCCCACAGGAUGGCCCCACAGUAGUGGCCCACCAGCUUGAAUAGCUUUAAAAGAGGAUGAGACAAAUUUAUGGAAUAUAAGGUUAUGUUCCACUUCCACUGUUAGAGGCAGUAUGGUAAUUUUGUGUUUUGCCAUGCUCCCAUGGGCAGCUACUUAGUGACUGAUGUCUACAGCGUUGUUUCAGAAUUCAGAAUGUGCCUACUUCACAACCCAUAGCAUAGAAAGUCACUGGAGAAAAAAAUCCAGUUCAUUAAAACUUAAAUUUACUGAACUAAAAUUAAAAGUGAGGCGGUCUGUUAUAUGUGUCGUAAAGGCAGGGCACACAAGCUUUACACAUGGUGGUGAAUAAUUUGAUUGUAUUCAGGCAUUAGUCGUGUUGUUUAAUAAGCUGAGAUAAAAGCAAGUCUUUUGGCUGUGCAUGCAACCAGGAAGCGCUGAAUGUCCUGUCAGAUAGCUAGAAGUGGAUUCAGUCUGUGACAAGGGAGGUGAUGCUAUGAUUACCACUUGAGCUUGUUUCAGCUAGUGCAUUAUUCAGUGCUGGUACAUAUUAUCUUGGUUUCUCUGGAAUCACCUGUUUUUAAAAUUAACUUCCCUUUUGCCUUUACUUCCUUUUUGUCUCUACUUGUUGUUGUAUGUGUGCAUGUACACAUUUGCAUGCAUGCAUGCACACGUGUGUGUGUGUGUGCGCGCGCGCGCGCGUGCGCGCACACACACACACACACACAAACAAACACAAACAAACACAAACAAACACAAACAAACACAAACACAUAAAUGCACCUAAAUUAGUCAAGGCCAUUAACAUGAGUGGGUCUAGUGUGAGUUGGACUAGCAUUGAUUACUACCUAUUGUGUUUAUAAAUCAGAAAAUAAACAUGAUCUGAUUUUUAAAAAAGAAUUGUUCCUAUGAUACAGAUUUUAUAGGAUUGAAUCCUACAAUGGACUCGAUCCUAUAAAAUAUUAUUGGUAAUAAUAUACAGAUUCUUAUUAGCAUUUUUGUUGCAGAAAUUUGGCUAGAUGUAGAGCUUUUGAUGUAAACUCAUUAAUGCAAGAGUACAGAUGAGGAUAUUGACACAUUUGCACCAGGUGUAAGGAGGGUGCCCAUAUGUUUAGGAUUAUUGCAAUGGAAAAGGAAUUGUUCAUGAUAUACUGGUCUUUUUUAUAUUAAAAGCCUAAAGGUCAAAUGGUUUCCCUUGGAGAUGAGCACUACCUCAUUUUUAUGAAGUAUCUCUCUUAGCUGACCAAUUUGGAAUCAUUUUGUGUAAAUGCUGUUAAGAACUAAAUUGCUGUCAGUGUUUGCUGCUGCACAGUGAUCUCUUCUAGUUUGAGGGCUCUUUUAAGCGUGUUCAGGUGGUACAGAACUUCUCAAAAGCGUGCAGGUUGAGACAGCACAUGGGAGAAAUAAUUUCAAAAUGUACCUCCACAUCAGAAUCCUCCUUUAUGUUGGUUUAAAUAGGCUGCUUAAUUUUGGAAGUUUUCAGAGAUCUUCUUUCCACUACACCCAGUUUCCUCAUAAAUUGGUCUCUAGUACAUGUUUCAGCUGCAGUUUUCAGCAGUUCAAAAAUGCAGCUCUCUUCAGGAAAGAAAGUUUUGAAUUUUGCAAUAGUAGCCGACGGUUUAUAGAUAACUUUAUAAGCUUCUGUUUUCUAUGAACCAGCUGUGUUUAAAAGUUUACAUGUGUAAUUUGAUGAAUAAAUCUUGUCAUAAAACAAUUUUGCGGGAGCUAGUUAAUGUGAGGAUACUGGGUUUCAUAAGGCUAGCCUGCAUCUGCUGCUGCAUGGUGGCUAUUACUUAAAUUGAAUGUGCAAAAUCAUUCUUAGUAGCUAAGCGGAGUUUAUUUACUGUUCUGGUUCUUUUAAAAGUGGCUCAUCUUUCUCUUAGUUUAUUGUUAAACCAAGCUUGUGUUGCAAACACUUAAAAGCAUGGUUCUGAUUAAAAAUGAAAGUGGUGAAAUGAAGUUGGUCUUUCCAUGACAAUAAAGGCAACAGUCAUGGGAAACUUGGAGUAUUUCCAUGUUUCAAGAGUGUCCUAACACAAAGUGCAAAGUGGAGGGAUAGUGCAAGUCUGAUUCUCAAAGCCUGUCGUCUCAUGCUGCUGUGGAAUGGGUUAAAAGGCCUUUCUUUCUUUCUUUCUUUCUUUCUUUCUUUCUUUCUACUUUUGUGGCAUUACAUUUUUUUUAAAUAAAAAAAUAAUAUAUUCUUAGUACUUAACUGUCGUACGUAUUGACAGUUGUUCAUUUAUUUUUUUAAAGUAUACCCCGCCUUUCAUCAUUGUCAUUACCAGGUUACAGCAUGACAUAAAAAAAAAGAAAAUCAGUAAAAUGAAAAAAACAAAUAUCCUUAAAACAAUUAAAAACAGCUCAAGCAAGAAGACUUAGCUUUUUAGACUUUGUAAACUCCUUCCUCACUCUAAACUGAUGCCUCCGUUCAUUCUCUGAACAUAAAAUUUCAAUUUAUUACUAACUUAAUAUUUAUUUUACUUAAAAUAUUACAUUCUUAAGGCUGCCUAUAUUAUACAUAUUGCUGGUGUAUAAUAUAAAAAUACAUAUGCAGUACAAAAAUAUCAAUAUAAUAAUGCCCUGAAUUUAGCAGAUGUGUUGGAGUAUAUCUAAAAUGUGUAAGUGUAUCAGCACUGCAAAUAGAGGUAGUUGCAGCAUUUCAGAAAUGGUGUUGUUCUGCACAUUAUUCCUUGCUGUACUGAUAGAUUUUGGUGUUGGACAGUUUAUCCUCUGAACAAAGCUUUUCGAUAUUGAGAUUCUGUUCCUAGCAUUACAUGUUCCUUUCCUUUCCCAUCCUCUUCUCUGUCUGGAUUCUUUUUCAGCUUUGUCCUGUACCCCCUGUCUUUUUCUCUGCAGCUCUACUCUUUCCAGUGAACCCUUAUAUUUCUUUUCCAUCCAGAGAUGAAGGAGGAUGUCCUCUUUUGUAUAUUAUAUCCCACUUCUCUUGUCAGCAGGAUCUAGGCCUUUUUGUUCGUAUUUGUAAAAACUGCCAUACUGUUGGUCUUUUACUAAAUUACUAUUUUAGGUUGGUAUUUAGUAAUAUGAGGGUUGCAUAUUACCACUGUAGGUGGUUAAUGUGGGUUGUAGCCACCUUUUUAUUUCCUUCAUUUCCUGUAUUUUUUUAAAAAAUAAAUUGCUCAUUCCCAUUGGUGCUCAAGUAAAAGUGAACUAAAUACAAAUGAUCUUUCAAAAAUAAGCGAGAAUCCAUAAAUAGGACAUAAAUGUUUUAAAGGUUUUUUUAAAAAAUAUAUACCUUAGGCUCCAGAUUUUGUUUCAGAAGCUCUGGAGUUUGUACAGUCAUUGCCAGCAUAAAACUUAAAUGAAACUGAGGGUUUUACUGAGAGUCAUUUAAUAGUCAGAGAACAAAACUGAGAGAAAGCAGUGCAUUUAUAACGUUUUUUUAGUUGACCUCCCAGAAUAGAAGUAUUAACUCAAAAAGUAAAAGUUCACUUUAAAAAGAAAGUUAAAAUAGAGUUGUGUUUUUGUUUUUCUUAUUAUUAUUUUUGGAUCUUGCUUCAGAAUGUUUUAAGCUACCAUUAGAUGAUGCAAUGCUGCCCUCUGGUGUAAUGUAGAAACAUAUCAAAUUCUUCAUACUUGCAUAUUACUUUAGAAAAGUUGAAAAUUUCAUAGUAAUGUCUAUAAAACCAUCUGUUUAAUCGGUGAUUGAACCCAUGUUCGAAACUCCCAUUGUCCUACGCAUGUUUUGCAACAAGGAAUUUCAUUAGUGCAAGCAGUUUCUGAGCUUUGGACGCAGUACUGUGCCUAAGAUUUCAGAUUAAAACUGCAAAGCGGAAGGAAAGGAGGGCCUUUCUCUGCCUCCCAAAUCCAGCCGCUCUCUGAAGACUGGAGAAGAGACACUCUUAAGAAUAUUAGGCAGGUGGGCAGGGAAAGGACUAGACUAUGUGAAAAACGAACAUAAUAUUUUAGCUGCAGUUCAUUCAUUUUUAGCUUUGUAUUCUUGUUAUAAAAAAAAUGUGCCUAGACAUUCCAUUGUUGUGGCCAUAUCUCAGCUUUCAUAUCUGUUUCUAACACUGGAUUGAACUCCCUAGUGCUACGACUGCAUUGUAGUAUGUCACUGAGAUUCUGCGACAAUGGCAGCAUGCUCGGAUUUAUUUCACAUUGGUUAUUUUGUGGAAACUUUAUAAAAUACAUGAUAUUAAAUACUGAAAUUUAAUUUGUGUCAUACUGUAACUAUUGCUGCAUCUCUUACAGUCAAAGGAGAAUUAAUGUAAAUUCUUGGGUGAUUUUAGUUCUUGAUUUUUCUUAAAGAGAUCUAUACAAAAUCUUAGCAGUAACUUUUUAGUGCCUCCCUUUUAUCACUUUUCCUAAGCUUGUACUUAAUUUUUGCUGUAUGAAGUAAUAUUCUUUUGCCUGUGUGUUCUUCUUUACAAGCACGCCUUUCAUAUAAUGAUAGAGGUAAGAGGCAUUGUUUUAUUCAUAGCCAUGGAUAUGUGGAGUUGUAGACUGGGGCAGGACCUGGGCAUUUAUAAAUGUUUGAGCUAAAAAAAAAAUCAUAUACGGGAAUUCUAGAAAGUACAGGUAGAUUUUGUUCCUACAAAUGGUUCUUUGUUUCUGUAUCACACUAUCUGGCUAUGACUUGUGGUGGCAUACCCCAGCAUUUUAAGUAGAAUAAUCUUAAUAUUGUUCCAACUACAAUCAACAUGGAAUUUAUAUUUCCUGGGGUCAAAUUUUAUAUUGACAUAUAUGCUGUUCUUUACAACUUUUAUGGGUGCUUUUGGCAAAGUGGAGACAAUAAGAGAAAACUGUGCUACAUUGAUAAGUUUUGACAUGUAGCAUGAAUUUGGAAAACAUAAGAUCAAGGACCUUUGGGUAUGUAAAGCUAGUCAAGCAGUCAUUUCAAUCAUGACCAUUGAAUUUGUUCCAUUGUAUAUUUUGCAUUAAAUCUAUUGUUGUCAUGAUUGGGAUUUGGAAAUGAAAUAGGCUUACAUAAGAUUUGCAUUUUGUACACCUCUUAUCUGAACACAUAUUCAUGCUCCCCCUUCCAUGAAAUAUAUCUGAAGGCAGAUGAGUUGUUUAUUACAUAGGUAACUUACUUAACUGAAUCUGUUUUUAAAGGUUCUGCAUAUUCUGUAUUUAUCAGUUAUUAUCCAUCUAUACUAAUAUUCAUUGACACUGCUUUGCUUCUUGUUUUCAAUGAGGGUUUAUUAGUUAUUAGUAACUCCUGUUUUUAUAGCUAUGGCAUCCAGAAAAUGUGAAAUAAAUGCAAUGUAGUAGUUUGACUAUGACUGUAAUUCAUAGAUUAUAAUUGGUAAAGGAAAUAAAUUAAUGGCUUGAUUCAGUUUACUAAAGUCAGAAAGCAGAACCCCACAAUAUAUUUGAAAGUUGCCCUUUUGUAACCUUUUAUACAGGGGCUAGUACAGAGAGCUACAGAAACAGCAAUUCAUUAGUUUAACCUCUUGCCAGCUUUAACAUUUGCUGUGCUGUGCUGCAAAGAUCAGAGCUUGGAAUUGAAUGGAGGGUGUGUUCAGGGUACUGACAAAUUUGCACAGUGACAGCUGCAGAGGGGUAGGAACAUAUGGGAGAAAGCCUUGCUUCUCUUUGGUGUCUCUACCCACCCCGACUGCAAGAAGUGAGAGUAGGAAGCAUACUUCUCGCUUCCUGCAGCAACAGGGUAGGGAGGGGGAACAGAUAAUUGACCUGGCCUCCCUCCGCCCCUCAAUGUUUGACGUGAAAAGGAUAAACACAUUGAGAAGUGGUUUUUAUUCCAUGGAAACCGUAUCCCAUUCCCUGAGCAAGGCCCUGAUGGGUGAUGAGGAGUGCACCUUGCGCCAGUAAAAGAACAGCUGGGAGCCUACCUUAAUCUCCCAAUUGUCCUUUGAAGGGCUGCCGUUAGUUGACCCCACACUUGAUUUGUGUAGGUUGGGUUGGUGUGGCUUCCCCAAAAUAGCCUCUCAGGCCAAAUGAGGGAGGCUGGUAGCCCAAGUUUGGGCUGGAGGUUCCCCACCUUUGGAGUAAGGGCAAGGCAAGCUAGGUAGGAAGUUGCAUAUUAAAGGUAGAAGUUGGCUGUUUGAGAAGGAGCUCUUCUGUAAAGGAAAGAAGGAAUAAAAUUUGAACAACGGCCUUCCCUCUGGCUGAGUCCAAAGGGUGCCCAAGACUUGUUCUCCCCUCAAUGUAUACAGCAAAGUGGGAUGGGGAAUCCAGGUGACAUUUCUGUUAUAUACACAGCAGAAGUGGGAGUCCAUAUAGAUCAGGGGUGGCCAACUCCCAAGAGACUGAGAUCUACUCACAGAGUUAAAGACUGGCAGUGAUCUACCCCCUUUUGGGGGGUUCAGGUCAACGUUGUUAAGCUUUUUAGGGAAGAGGAAGUGGGGGGCAAAAACGUUGAGCUUCUUUGGGGGGAGCCAGUGAUCUACCACAUACGUCCAGUGAUCUACCAGUGGAUAAUGAUCUACCUGUUGGACGUGCCUGAUAUAAACAAACUGCUCUUUAUGUAUUUGCAUAACUUGGUUAUCAUUUGGAAAAUUUGUUCCACAUAUUUGGUCUUGUGUGGCUAAAUCUUUUCAUUUCUAUUCAUUGUCAAGCAAAACUGCCUCAUAGAAGAGGGAAGCCUGUGUUUGUUUAGAUAGGAAAUGUCUAAAAUAGGCACUGUAGGUUUUUAUAGUGUUAAAUAAUUUUAUAGUGUUAAAUGAAAUGGUAUGCUUGCCUAAAAAGUGGUCUUGCCAUCUCAUCUAGCCCUGCAAUUACACUUGGCAGGAGUAGUCACAACCUGUAAGCUGAAUGUUACAGAACCUGAUACACGCAGCUUAAAGGGCCUCAGGUGACCACUUGAGUUCUUCAAUAGUUCUCUUGGAUGAUAGUUUCAGCUGUGCUUUAGGAAAUACUUGGUGCCUGAUGUAUGGUUGCUUAUUGUAAUGUGUUUUGAAAAAUAAUUUUUUCAAGGAGACACAGGUGCAGCCAUUCAAUUAUCUCAACAAAUACGAUCUUGGUAAGGUUUGGGACACUGCUGUAUUAAAAGCCCAGUUUGCCUUCUGCUGUAAAUUUUAUUGGCAGAACUUGAGGCCCCCCCCCCCCAUGUGUAUGUUUCCCCUUCUCCAUGCUAGAGGAUUGUAGUACAGAAAACUAGAGUUUAAUGGGUUUAUCUGUUGUUUCUAGGAUCCUGGACCACCACCUCCAUCGCCACUGAUGGGCCUGAAGCCACUGCAAUUACUAGAGAUCAAAGCUAGGGGAAGAUUUGGCUGUGUCUGGAAAGCUCAGUUGUUAAAUGAAUAUGUAGCUGUGAAAAUAUUCCCAAUACAGGUAUAUAAACAUCCUUAUUAAGUGCUACACUGCUGUGAAUUACAACAUCUUUGCAAAUUGUUACAUGUACAAUCCAGAGAAAUGCUGGAAUUUCUUCCUUACACUGCUCUGAAAAGAGUAAUAUUACAGCAACCUAUGAGUAUCUAUCUAGCUAUCUAUCUAUCUACGGUGCAGCAGCUCUAGGUGUACCAUGAAUUAUGAGACAAAUCGGGGUGUUUUGAAUAAUUCUGUUUUAUUUAAGUUGGAUUUCACUGUUAAUAAGGCAUCAUAUUGAGCUGCAUCAGAAACACUCUAAACUUCGGAGUGGUUUGGAGACUUUAGCUUUCCAAAGUGCAUACCCACCUCCCAUGCAAAGCUAACUGAGGAAAUGGGAGCUGCCCAGAGUGGCUGGGGAAAUCCAGCCAGAUGGGCAGGGUAUAAAUAAUAAUUUAUUUAUUAUUAUUAUUAUUAUUAAUUAUUAAAACUUGAAAAGCAGCUUGUUUGUCUGGGAUUUAAAUGAAGUUUAUUAUCAUAUGUGACACACAUUAAGGGUCUGGCACCUUGAUGUUAGUGUUACUGUUUUUGCUAAUUUGCAUUGAUUUCACUUACAACUAAGUUUGCAGUCCUAGCCUCACUUACCUGGGAGUAAGCCCCUUUGAAUUCAUUGAAACUAAUUUGGGCUGUAAUCCUAACCCUGCAUAUCAAGAAGCAAGCCCCAAUGAAAUCAACAGUAUUUACUCCCUUCUAGUAGGGUUAGCUGGAUAACUAACCCAUAGACUGCAAUCCUAACGUGUUCCAUCAGUGCAAGGAUUUCUACUUGCGCAGUGGAAUUUCCUGCCCUUCUGCCCCUACACCCCCUAAAUCUGUUCUAGCGGUACCCAGAAGAGCAGAAAUCCUUGUCCUGAUGGAACAAAUAAGUUGGAUACCAUUCCUAGUCUGGAUCCAACCCAUUGUGUCUAAAUGGACACAGGUCCGUAUUUUCCAGGUCUCCUAAAUUGCAAAGAUUAGCAGUACUUCAUUGGAUGAUUAUAUAAAAGACUGGUUUUCUUUUGACAGUGAAUUAGGGAAAUGUUAUGAAAGUGCAGAAGAGAUUUUUAAUAGACAUUUUGAAUAUAUUAAAAGACUUUUUUUCUUUUUAAGGACAAACAGUCAUGGCAAAAUGAAUAUGAAAUAUACAGCUUGCCUGGAAUGAAGCAUGAAAACAUACUACAGUUUAUUGGUGCUGAGAAACGAGGCACCAACAUUGAUGUUGAUUUGUGGCUAAUAACAGCGUUUCAUGAAAAGGUUUGUUGUCUUUGUCAAGUACUACAGUUUUCAUAACAGCCCCCUACUGCCCACCGUCUCUGAAAAAAUGUUUGCUGUAAGAAAAUGGAUUUGGUGUAUAGUCCUAAAGCAUCUGUACUUCAACAGGCUAUUAAAAGUAGUUCUGGCCCUCAAACAAUGAGUGUUUGCUGGGAAUGUAUAUAGCAAAAAAAAAAAGUGCAUUCUUGCUUCUACCAUAUUAGGCUAAUGUUAAAUUGUAUUAUGGAUCUUGGAGGUGGAAAAGCUCAGCACGAAGUCCCCCCCACCCAAUAUAUAUUAGAUUUAUCCUCCCAUUCUUUAAGACAAACAAAUAUGCAGUGUGGUUUAUAUCCACAGAGCUAAUGGCUUUUAAUUCUACUUUCUGUUCUGUUGAACAGACCUUGUGGUGUGAAACCAUCUCUGUAUUCUCACUGAGUUCCCUACCCUAUGAUCUUAGGCACAGAGUAUCUUGGGUAUCUAUGGUUUUAGAACUGUGGAUGUAAUUAAGAUGGGUGCCUAAAUGUGUGUGCUAUUCUCUACGUUCCUUGGAAAUUUCCAUGCAAGUUCUAAAGCCCGUUCUAGCUUACCAGUGGCUAUUUUUUCCCUUAUGAGUAAAUCUGAUGGAAUUAGACUGAAAGGGAGUUCAGGAUAAUUGUCACAUUGGAAAUCAAACAGUUAUCAUGUCAUCUCUAACAGGUGUGCAUCCUAGUCAAGGCACUUAUCAGAGCUGUAUUCUAAAUGUGUAUGCAAACUUCCUUCUUGCAGCAGUAUUGGAAAUUGUGUGGCUCUUUCCUGAUAUUGUAGUGAAUAAGGAGAAGCCUAUGCUAGUCAAAAAUAUCUUUGUGUACAUUGGAGCACUUACAAAGAUCUGCAGCUGGGACACUUGUACUAGUUGUUUUACACCUAUAUCUUGUUAUAGCCAGUUGGGGGGGGGGGGCUAUGUUGAAAACCUGUAAGAUGUUAAAAAAAAAUAUUCUCUGUUGUUUAGGGUUCGCUUACUGACUUCUUGAAGGCUAAUGUAGUCUCAUGGAAUGAGCUAUGUCACAUUGCGGAAAGUAUGGCUAGAGGUUUGGCAUACCUUCAUGAGGACAUCCCUGGUCUAAAAGAUGGACACAAACCAGCUAUAUCCCAUAGGUAAGAGAUUUCACAUACAGUGGUACCUCGGGUUAAGUACUUAAUUCGUUCUGGAGGUCCGUUCUUAACCUGAAACUGUUCUUAACCUGAAGCACCACUUUAGCUAAUGGGGCCUCCCACUGCCGCCGUGCCACUGGAGCACGAUUUCUGUUCUCAUCCUGAAGCAAAGUUCUUAACCCGAGGUACUAUUUCUGGGUUAACGGAGUCUGUAACCUGAAGCGUAUGUAACCUGAAGCAUAUGUAACCCAAGGUACCACUGUACCAGCUGAACUGUCACUGCAUUUUAAAUGUAAACAGAAUAAAUUAACUUCACAAUCCUUCAGAGGUCCAGUAGUUGUAUUAUUUUAUGUGAUUGCAUGACGGUAAGAAGUAUAUCAUGUUUAGAGUUACGAAAAGCAACAUUUGUAUGUUGGUUGCCAAAUUUAAUUGAUAAUAUUUAUUUUGACAGUUUACAUAUCAUUUAUUUACAACUGUAGUGUGCGAAAUACUCAUUACGGUGAAAAUAAAAAAAUGAGUUAAAACGAUAAAAUCGCCAUUAAAAUAAAAUAAUUAAAAUAAAAACAAUUAAAAUAGUAUAAUUUCCAUCUCACUUACCUAAUUCCAACCGCAUCUGAUGGGGUAGGGUUUCACAUAAAAAAAAAACUUCAGGCCACUUUAUAAAUAUGGUUCUGAAAGAGGAGGAGAACCUCAGGCCCAGGACCCAAAUGUGCCCCCCUGACUGCUUUAUCUGGUCCACAGGAUUCUCCUAAGCUCAUCUCUCUCACUGGGCCUUCACUAUGCCCUCCUGGAGUGCUUUGGCCAGGCUAGAACAUGUCCUUGAACCUUUGUGAGGCCUCUUGCUUGCCUGGAUAGGGAAAUGUGUGUGGAUCUGAGGGAAUGAAGCCCACUGGCUAAAAGCCACACACACACACACACACACACACACACACACACAGCCUCUAAAAAGUGAGUUUGAAAGUGCCAUUUGACACAUUUCUUUCUCUUAAAUACUAUUAUGGUGAUACUUACACUAUGAAAAGCCACUUUUCCAUUACAUAAGCAGUGGAACAAUACACUAGACACCAAUAUUAGUUUCGAUGGAUGAAUGUAUUUCUCAUGGAGAUGCUUGUGGCAUUGAAGGGCAAGAAAACUUGUUACUCUUUAAUUAUAUGACUGCGUAUUUUACUGCUAAAAACAGCAGGUGCCUUCACCCUUUCAGUUUAAGACUAGGGCUUAGGAAGAAUACAAAAAUAAUUGUUUACCUGUGUUGAGUUGUGCCCAACAGCAAGGAGAGUUCAGGUUUUAGUUUUCCCAUGCCUCCUUGCAGGAUCACAAAUACAGAAAAGGUCUGAAACUCCAGCUUUCUGCCCCAGAUUUGUGAAGCUUGUGAAGUAAAGUUAGCAAACUGAAAAACCUCUUUGAAGUGGCUUGUGGUGGUUCUUACACCAAUACUAUUCCUUCACUUGGCCCAAUGAAAGCAAUCUUUUAAAAAGAACAAACCGUGAUGAUGGCAUGAAAUGAGCGUGAGUUCAGGAUCCUCUCCCCAAUUCAUAUUAAAUGGUUAGGAGAGAAACUGCCUCUCCUUUCUGCCCUCUACUCAAUUCUCUAUAGUGGAAUGGUGGCAUGAUUUGUUUCCCUUCCCAUUAGGAUUUUGAAAGGGCUGCAGCAGAGAGAGGCACCUUAAGAGCAAACAGCCUUCCUUCUCUGUACAGGACUCAGAAGGCCCAAGGGUUGCUGGUGAUCACUGCUUACAGCUUUGUAAGAGCCAGCAUUUGUGAGCCCCUGAUGAUAGUUACGCUUAAUGAAUAAAUCUAAGCUGAGGUUCAAACAUAUGCAGGUGUUGUUCAGCAAGGUAUUUUUAAGCUUUAUGAUUAUGUAGCAAUUUUUAUAUUGGUGCAUGUUUUCUUUUUUCCAAGGGACAUCAAAAGCAAGAAUGUGUUGUUGAAAAAUAAUCUUACAGCUUGUAUUGCUGACUUCGGCCUUGCUUUAAAAUUUGAGGCUGGGAAGUCAGCAGGUGACACACAUGGUCAGGUAAGUUUAAAGAAUUGUGAUUCUUUUUGUGAUUGAAAUAAAUUGCCCUAUUUUCUGGAGUUUUCCAUGAGAGGGAGGAGGCUUCCAGACUUGUUAUGAAAAUCAGACUAGGUCUGUCACAUCAGUUUUGAAUGCUUUCUCUUGAUAAAAUGUAGCAUAGUAAUCAUUGAUACGAGCACUUUAACACUGCAGAGAAACUACCGUAUAUACUCGAGUAGAAGCCGACUUUUUCAGCACAUUUUUUAUGCUGAAAAAGCCCCCCUCGGCUUACCCUUGAGUGAGGCAGCGGCGGAGGGACGAGUGGCCUGAAAGGAGCCCUUUCUCACCGCUGGUUCCGCCGCCCGCCUCUCGCAGGGGCAGGCACAGGAGCCGCGGUUGGGAGAGGCACUGCUCUGUGCCUCUCGCAACUGCGGCUCCUAUGCCUGCUCUUGCCAGAGGCAGCGGCAGAGGGACGAGCAGCCCGAAAGCAGCCCUUUUGGGCUACUUGUUCUCCCUCCGCCACUGCCGUUACCACCAGGUUUGUGGUGUGGUGAACCGGCUUAUACUUGAAUCAAUAAGUUUUCCCAGUUUUUUGUGCUAAAAUUACAUGCCUCGGCUUAUAUUUGGGUCGGCUUAUACUCAAGUAUAUACGGUAAUACCAAGUAGGCAAAUUUAAACUGUUAGUUUGCUUUCAGACAUGAUUCUCCUUCCUCUUAUGAAGCCUGAAAGAGAUCUAAAACACAGAUUUAUGUAACUUUUGGGGCAGGAUGGAGCACACACCUUUGCCAAUAGUUCUCGUAUCUCUUAAUUCCUUUAUUAGCCAUUUUGAAAGAAUGCUGAUGGCUACUGAAACAUAAAAAAUAAUAAUAAUGCUCUUUUAGUAUGCAAUAUUCUGGACAGCUUACUUGUUAAGAAAUGUUAUUGAAUUUUCAUUUGGUUUAGAAUGUGAGCUAUUCCAAAGUAAAAUGAAAGACUUCAGAGCUUUACGUAAUUUCCAUUCAAAUGGCAAUUAACGAUGUUUAAAAAUUUCCCUAGAACACAUGCUGGAUGUUAGCAGAUUUUGAAACCUGAAUAACAUACGGUUGUGACCCUAACAUCUAGUGAUUAUUUAUUUUCAAGGUUGGAACCCGAAGAUAUAUGGCUCCAGAAGUGUUAGAAGGUGCCAUAAACUUCCAGCGGGAUGCGUUUUUGAGAAUAGACAUGUAUGCCAUGGGACUAGUCCUGUGGGAACUUGCAUCACGAUGUACUGCAUCAGACGGUAAGUAAAAUGUAUAUGCGUUGUACACACAUGAAAUGUUCUAAGCUCACAUUAUUUCCGCUGGAUACAUAUAAAGAGAAAUUAAAGCAAAACUGUCCAUGAGUGUUGGUACAGAACCCAGAAAACAGCAUCUGACCAGAGUCAGCAAACAGCCCACUCAUCUUGAAAUCUACCCAUGUAGGAGGUUACCAGGAGCAAGUAGUAGCUUAAUCAAAUUCUCGCUGUUGAAGCAGACUGUAGUGCAAUCUGUUUCUACUCUUUUCUGCAAUCUUUCAGCAAUGUGGGAGUGGAGCAGAUAAUCUUACAUAUAAUUACAGAAUGCAGGGUUGAAGCAAGGUGAAUUCACCUUACAGAAGGGAGCAGAAGUGGUUUUCCAAAGGGUAUUUGUAGAUAUCUUGCAAAAGCAGAGUGUUGAGAUGGCCAUUCAUUAAUAUGGAUAUCUGAACAGGUGUGAAUGAACUCGAAGCCCUAAGCCAUCAACCCAAACUGAUCAAACAUGUCAAGGCAAGAAUAAAAUGUAUUUGGGGUUGUAACUAACUUCAACUGAACAUUGGAGUGAGUUGUUACCCUUAUAAAAACAUCCUGGCAUGGCAUGUUACCCUCUGCAGUUUUUAAUGCUUGGAGAGCAAACUGACUGUUCUUUGGGGAUAUUGUGUACUGAAGUGCAAUGACUAUGUCCUAAAAGGACAAACUUGAAUCACUGACCUCAAGUUGAUGCACAAGAUGAUGAUGAUGAUGAUUUUAUUUAUACCCCAACCCUCCCCAGUCAAGGCCGGGCUCAGAGCGGCUUACAAGCAAUAAUAAAAACAAGUUGAAUGAUUACAACUUAAAAACAACAUUAAAAUACAACAUUAAAAUAUUAAAAUGUAGCCUCAAUGCAGGAGGCUAGAUGUGCUUCUAGAAUAUGGGGAUUCCCCCAUACCACAAUUUUUAAGUUCCCACAUGCAAGCAUUUGGAUGGAACAUCUUGACUUGUCUAUAUUUUACUGAUAAUAGAAGCUUAACUGAAAUUGUGAAUUGAACCCCACAUUCUGUAGAAGAUAGGUGCAUGAACCAUGGGAGAUUCAUUAUGCUCAAUGAACAGCCAUGGGCAUGUUGCCAAUUUUUAGCCUAGUGUUCUACCCUAAGCAGCAUGGAAGAAUGAUGUAUAAAUGUGAUUUACCUAACAGUUUAUCUUUUUUAAAAUACAGGACCUGUGGAUGAGUACAUGUUGCCUUUCGAGGAAGAGGUGGGCCAGCAUCCCUCCCUUGAAGAUAUGCAGGAGGUUGUAGUACAUAAAAAGAAGAGGCCUGUUUUGCGAGAGUGUUGGCAGAAGCAUGCUGUAAGUAAUAUGCUCAAACUUGCAGGGUAAUAUUGAAGCUUCCAUUUGUAAUUAAAUUUCACCUGCAGAAAUGUUGUUUUAAAAAAUCUAUAGUGAAACUAAGAUUCAGGGUACCAGACUAUAUUUUUGGAGAAGUUUAAACCAAGGGAUGUUUAAAAAGUUUUACUAUCUUUCAGGUGUUUACUUGGAGGCAGUAACAUAUUCAGCUGUUUAACAUGUUUCUUGAAGUUCAGGGGGGAAAUCAUGGGCACAAUUGAGCAUAAAUUGAGCAUUUUAAAAGUAAUGAAUGGGGCUUUGUCACAAUUAACGUAGAUCCAGUUGAUUUCUAUGGGAUUACAUUGUGACUAUCUUCUGCCAUAUCCUAUUGGUGUUUCAAAUUGGUGCGAUGCAAAGGUAAACUAUGUUAUGCAGAAGCAACCACAACUGUUGGUCUUGCUCUGUGUAGUAGAAAUCACAGAUUUAUAAAAGAGCCUGUAAGAAUGAUAAUAAAAAAAAGUGAAACAUUUUGUAGUACUGUAUACUUCAGGUGUUUAAAAUUGUAAAAAAAUUGUCUUGUCUCAUAGAGUGCAAAAACUCGUGGCUCAGCCAGUUUGCAAGGUUUAUUGAAUGAAAAUUGGCUUGCAGUGUUACUUCAUUGCAAGUUGCUGUUAAUACUAGUAGUAAUGUUUCUGUAUAAUGGUUUCACAGAAUUUUUCUCCUUUAGAAUGUUAAAAGUUGAUAACCAUGAUCUUGAAUUGGACACCUGGUUAAUUGGUAGCAAGUGCAUGCACAUAAGGGAGAACAGGUGUAAUACACGUUCUGCAGCCCCAAUCCAAAUGCUGGCUGCAGAAUUAGGCAGUUUCCAAGCCAUCUUCAAGAGCAGCCUCAUGUACAGAAUGUUUAAGAGUUCUCCGAAUGGGAGGUUAUUAAAUUUGUUUUUAAACAAGUGUGUGUUACUAUAAGAGGGAUUCAAGUUUCUUCUAAGAUUAUCACAUGCUUGACAGCUUACGUCAAAAAUGGAAUGUUUCUAUUCUAAUUAUGUUGUUGAUGAUGAUUACUUUGUAUUUAAUGUAAUUUAUACACCUUCCUUUUUAGGGAAUGGCAAUGCUCUGUGAAACAAUAGAAGAGUGUUGGGAUCAUGAUGCAGAAGCUCGAUUAUCAGCAGGCUGUGUAGAGGAAAGGAUUAUUCAGAUGCAAAGACUAACAAACAUUAUAACAACAGAGGACAUUGUGACUGUGGUCACCAUGGUGACAAAUGUAGACUUUCCUCCCAAAGAAUCCAGUCUAUGAUAGCUACAAUGGUCACACAUCUUUACCCAUCAGACUCUGAACUGGAGCUGCUAAGCUAACGGGCCUGUUUCUGCUCAACAGUUUUCUCUGUGUGAAAUUAUGGAAUGGUAAGUUUGUCUUUGGAGUGUGAGUAGGAAGACGCCUCCUUGCCCUACUCCAGACAUGAAUCCAGGAGACUUACUGCAUUCCUUGCAUAUGCCAGAAGGACGUGGGACUGAGAAUACGGCAAGGUGAUGUUUCAGGAACUUAUUUGAAGAACAUGGACCUAUCCUGGCUGGUGAAAGAUUUUAAAAGCUGACAUUGUAUUUCUUAAUAUGUCAGAGACACUAAUUCCUUAAAAUGAACUACUGCUAUUUUUUUUAAAUCAAACAUUUCAUUUCAGAUUUAAGAAAAAAAGGGUAACUUGUUUUUAUUGCAUUUGCUGUUGUGUUUAUAUAAAUGACUAUUGUAAUGCCAAUAUGACACAGCUUGUGAAUGUUUAGUGUGCUGCUGUUCUAUGUAAUCAACGUGGGAUCUAGCAAAAAGGCUUCCAAGCAUUACUUAACCUCCCUCAACAAGGUAUACCUCAGUUCCACCUAUGCUAAAUUGACAACACUAACAAAACUGAAAUAAUUGAUUGAUCUGAAUUUUGUAAAAUAUGUAUUACAGAUUCACAGUGUUUUGUUUUUUUAAAUAAAAAGAUGGUAAGCUGUGCUUCAUGCCAACAGACAAUGGCCAUUCCUAAAACAGUGGUAUUAGCCUUUCUGUGUUCUAGCUUGUGUAUAAAAAAGUAUUGUUUGAAAUGGCAAAUUCCCCGGUUUCUAGUUUAAAGCUUUUAUUUUACCUCCACUUCCGAAAAUAUUGCAUACAUUUAUUUUACUAAAUAUUAUUUAGGUUUGCUGUGUGACAAUAUUUUAAAGAUUUAAGCAUGACUUAAAAAUUUAAAUUUUUAUGUGAGCUAUGGCACUGGAAAGCUCUCAAUUUUAAUUCUUUUUAAGGAAGAUUUUUUUCCAAUCUAUGUAUGUUAAUGUUCUGCCUAGUGUAUUUUCUGUUUCACUAAACAGGAUACAGCACCUUCUGUAUCACUGUUUCAGGAUCACCUCAGGAAGCUUCAUUACCCAGAACUCCUCACUCUUCAUGUGUUGCCUUUUGCAGCUUCACAACACUUGAUUUUUGGUGCCGACUUGUCAGAGUAGUAUUUUUCUGUGAUGCAUAGGUUUGCCCUGUGGUCACUAAAUUAAAAAUAAGUUACACAUUCGCUCUCAAAAUAUGCUUGCCAUCAAAUGCAAUUAUUUCUGUACAGAUUACAAUGUAGCACAGUCUAGAAAAAACAACCCUACAACUUUAAAUUUAAACUACUGUAUUCAAGAGUUAUAGGCAUUUAAGAAGUUAAGCCUUACCAUAAAAAAAGAAAACUCUAGUAACUGGGCAGCAAGUAGACAGGUGCCAAAGUACUUCUCAAAAGUAAUAAUACACUAGAGUUAUUUGAUCAGCUACAUGUACACAGGCCAAAGUAAGUUAACUGUCUAAAUCUAAAGUACAGAACCAACAGUAGCCAGUGUUACGAGAUUCUGGUCAGGUGCAUUAGACUUUUAAAUCGUGUUUUUUAAUGUCACAAUCAGAAGUUCACUGUGAAUGUUCUUGUAACAGUUAUUUAUUUAAGCCACAGUGUUUUCUUAUGUACCAAAUCUCUGGGAACAAAUAAGAAUUAUUUAUUAACAAAAUUUUGAUCACCAAACUUGCUAGGAAGAGCAGUAAUAGCAGAGUUGUUUUGUGUGUAACUGGCAUACCACCCAGAGGUUUUUUUAAUUUAUCUUUUUUUCUGUAGCCGUAAGGUCUGAUUGGGUUAAAAAUACUGUUGGGCACAAUUGCUAUUUUUCUUUGUUGACAGAGGGACUUUGAAUUAUUACUGUUAUUUGGACUAAGGUAAAUUAUGUGCUUGCUUCUGAUUUUAGGGCUUGAUAUAACAACUUAAGAAGUCUUGCCUGAAAAUAUCCAAAUGGACAGAUAUUAGGACAAUGUAGGAACUGUGUAUUGGUGAUUAUCCAGAAACAUGUAAAUACAGUAACAAGUUUAAAACACAGUUGCCAUGUUUGUUUUGGAGAAUCUACUCCAAUUUUAAUAGAGCAGCUUUCCAUCAAACACUAAUUUCCACCAAUAUGAUCCCUGAGCCAGGUGGCAACUUUUCUCUUGUGUAUUUUUUGCUAAUGCAUUUCCGUUUGCAGGUCAUAUAGGGAAAAUCAUCAGAACUUGACAAUCAAAUGGGGUAAUGUCUCCAUCCUUUUUUUAAAAAAAUGACUUUUGAAAUCCCCCAAUAAGUACCUUUAUUCAGAUUUUUAGAGAAUUAUCAUGAAUUAAUUGUUCAGGAAAAAUAUCUUACUUUUUAAAAGCUAUUUUGGUAGAAUCUGUGAAAUUGAUAAAAUUCACCAAACUGUAGAUCCAUAUUUAAGAUAUUGCAGAGAACCUCAACAUCUUUGUUUCCAACUUAUGCGGAAAAUGUAGAGGUGGGCAAGUUUUAAAAUGCUUAAGCCAAGACCCACAAAUAAAGCCACAUAUUAAGAGAGAGAAAGGCUGAGCCUAGGAUGCUCUGGUUUCUGGCAGAUAUUGUGACCAUUGUUGCUUUUUGUAUUUGAACCAUACAGCGUGUGUGGAUCUGGCCAGCUCGGGUGGUUUACCUUGUAUUUUUGACUUGUGAAGAAAAGCUUAGGGCUAUGGCUCAAGCUUUCAGUUGUCUUUGGUUUGCCUGUAUCUACUUAGUUGGCUGCCAUAUAAUUGCCACAGAAUUUAACUGAUUAGCCAGUUUUGUGAUCAACUCAGAAGUCUAAACCCUGCAAUACCUUUUCAGUUUGUGUUAGAUGCUAAGAACGUAUAUCACAUGAUGCAUGACUACUCUUUGUACAGUUCCUACUAAAUAUAACUUAGCAUUUCGGAACAGAUUGUGCCUCGUAAUUGUUGGAGUUCUUUGACCUAGCGUUCUCAUUCAUGGUGGUAUUCUGAAAAUGAGUCUGGAUUAAAAUACACAACAUUAUACCUUCUUUGAUAGCGAAAUCCAUGUGGAGUAGCUCUUGCAUAACUAAGGUGUAAUCAGAUGUAGUAGUAAUAAAUAUUGUUCAUACUACAGUUCUACAGAAUAAAUUGCUGAUUGUAGUUUAACAAAGUGAGGUGACUUGAUUGGUUGACCUUUUUCCAGUUUUCUCUUUUUAACCUUUUUAAUGCAUUUUUAUUAGGAAUAUUUGGUAUAAGAUGCAGAAAGCUAUGUACAGGAUUAUGAGCAAACAAUGAUAGUAUCCUUGUUGGGACACCAUUUACCUCAAGAUACUCAACCAGCAGUACGUUUUGGUUUUUUUUAAAUGCACACUCAGUCCAUAUAAGAUGUUACCUCUCAAGAUAUUGGUAAGCAAUUAUUUUAGCUUUACUCUGUACUUGUCAGUGUUCUUGGCACAGGUGGUUGUACUACUGUCAAAUUGCUCUUGCUAUUUUUUGGCAAGUAUUUAAAAAGAAAAUAACCCCCAUUCUGGAUAAAUGAUUGUGAAAUAUUGUAUAAAUAAAAUGUAUGCGCUCUUUCCUUAUUCCCACAAAGAUGAAUAAAAAUUUAAGUGACUACUA